CUUUAUUACAACCAAAAUAAUUGGUAGAUAUCAAAACCUAUGAGGUUUUAUAUUAUUUGGAAUAGUUUAAAGAACGAAAUCAGAAGAACCUUUCAGCUUAAGUCCUAAGUCUGUGUGUGCUGUGUUUUAUUGACAAAUUUAAAUGCCGUCAGCAGUUAGCAUAUUUCGCAUUUAACAUUGUCGACAUAAAUACAAUUAGCUAAAUUGGCAGCAAUAAAAUUAAAGUGCAACUGCAGCGAGUGGAGACUAAAAUACGAAUAUCGAAAUCAAAAUAAAAAUAAAAUAAAAAAAAAAAAUCAAAAGGCAACGCCAACGCUGCAAACUGAACAACUUUAUAAAGCUAAGCACGAGCCGCCCCGACAAUUGGCAUGAGUCGGCGGCAUCGGCAGCUGUGAGCGUGGGUCUUGGUUGUUGUUGUUGCUGGCAUGCUGCCACCUUGGAAUAGGCAAAAUUAACUAAAUUACAACAUCAACGAAACGUAGGAGCAUCAGCAGCAGUAGCAGCAACUAAAAACGAAGCAGCAGCAAAUUUGUUGCACAUGCAAAUUUAUGUGUAAGUGAAGCGGCAGCAAAGUAAAAUGCAACAGCAACAGCAACAGCCUCUUGGACCAGGCAAAUAAUUGUGUUUAAAUAAAGCUGUAGCCAAGAAUUUCGUCUAGGCCUGGCCAAUGGCCACUGGUCAAGUUGCUGUUGUUGUUGUUGUUGUUGCUGCGGCUGCUGUUGCUGUUGCUACUGCUGCAUUAAGCCAUAUCCGGUUCAGCUUCAGGUUCGGAGCACUAUGGGCACUGCCUGUCUAAAUUUAGCGCUUAAUGAAGCUGGUGGUGCUGCUGCUGUUGCUGCGACUGCCGCUGCUGCGUCUGCUAGAGUUGCAGAUGCAAAUUAUUGCAGCGCAAGCAGAUCUAGAGUCGCAUUCGCUGCCACAAGCCCUUGCGCACUAGUUUGUAAUAAUUCAUAAAAAUUGGCAAAUUAAACGCCAACACAACAAAUGAUCCGCGUGGCGACUGCAAUUUGUAUGCAACGCUGGGGCAACAUGCAAAAAAACAAAUAAUGACCAGCAACUGCUGGGGCAUGCAACAGGCAAAUGCUACAAAAAACAGUUGGGUUUCUGUUGCACAGUCCCCAGCGAUGAUAAAUGUGCGCCCACUUUGCUUAUUUAUGGCCACUCAAAUUGAAUGCAAUUGAUUUUUUUCGCUCUCCGCUCACUCGUCCAUCUUGUACCCGCGUUGGCGUUGCAUAACUCCCAACCCUCAACCAACUCUUACAGGCCCUUAAGAAAAACUGCCCGAAACAAUUCAUAAAGAACUAAACAUACAUAAGAAAAAUACUCGUCCCAUUCGUGUGUUUUGUGUCCGUGUAUGUGUAAAAUGAUUUUACACUGAGCACGAGCAAUAUUUUACUAAAAAAUAUUAUAUACAAAGUGUUUCUAAAUUGAAACGUUAAGAGAAGAGCUGACAUCAUUUAAAGCAGACCAACAAUUUUUUUGCGGAGACAUGAGUUGCAGCAAAUUAUUGCAAAAAUGAAAAUAUUUUUGCCACUAGUCACGUGGAUAGUGCUACUACUCUCGAGUACAGUACAUUCACAACACCAACAAACACAACCCUUUAAGACAAAUCCAAGCAAGCAUAGUCGAUUUCGAGGCGAAGUAUUCUUUCUGAAUCUCGAAGAUGGCUAUUUUGGCUGCCAAGUUAAUGAGUCUACAGACUAUUUGCAACUAUACGAUCUAUCGAGAAUAUGCGACGGUAAUCAAGACUGUUUUCUUGGUUCCGAUGAGCUGAGCAAAGAGCUCAAAUGCACAAAUGACUGUGAUAAGGAUGGCACACAGUGCACAAACGGUGUUUGCCUGAAUGGUGUUUGCCAUUGCAAUGACGGCUUUGGCGGCUGCAAUUGCGUCGAUCCGGAUGAGAACGAAUGCAAGCAGCGUCCAUGCGAUGUGUUUGCCCAUUGCACAAACACAUUGGGCAGCUUCACGUGUACCUGCUUUCCGGGCUAUCGCGGCGAUGGUUUCCAUUGUGAAGACAUUGACGAAUGCCAAGAUCCGGCGAUAGCGUCGCGUUGCGUGGAGAAUGCCGAAUGCUGUAAUCUGCCGGCGCAUUUCCUGUGCAAGUGCAAGGACGGCUAUACGGGAGACGGCGAGGUGCUGUGCACUGACAUCGACGAGUGCAGCAAUCCGCUGGCCUGUGGCGCCCAUGCCCAGUGCAUCAAUACGCCCGGCAACCACACGUGCGCCUGCCCCGAAGGCUUUGUGGGCAAUCCUUAUGACGGUUGUCAGGAUGUUGAUGAAUGCGCAUAUCCGAAUGUGUGCGGACCAGGUGCCAUAUGUACGAAUCUCGAGGGCAGUUAUCGCUGCAACUGCCCGCCGGGAUACGAUGGCGAUGGACGCGCCGAACAGGGCUGCGUCGAUCUGGACGAAUGCGCACGCACGCCAUGCGGACGCAAUGCGGAUUGCCUAAAUACGGAUGGCAGCUUUCGCUGCCUUUGCCCCGAUGGCUUCAGCGGUGACCCAAUGCACGGGUGCGAAGCAGAUGUCGAUGAAUGCGCCAUUAACAAUCCAUGCGGUUUGGGUGCUCAAUGCGUGAACUUGGGCGGUAGCUUUCAAUGUCGUUGUCCACUGGGCUUUGUGCUUGAGCAUGAUCCGCACGCUGAGGCGCCAAUGGUGGCCACACCCACACUACAACUGGGCUAUGCCGAUGGCGAUACACUGAUAACACCAGCCCCAACAUCGGGCGCCGGCUUGGCCUGCCUGGACAUCGAUGAGUGCAAUCAGCCGGAUGGUGUGGCCAAAUGUGGUACCAAUGCCAAGUGCAUUAAUUUCCCAGGGUCAUAUCGCUGUCUCUGUCCAAGCGGAUUUCAAGGACAGGGCUAUUUACACUGCGAGAACAUCAACGAAUGCCAGGAUAAUCCGUGCGGAGAAAACGCGAUAUGUACGGACACCGUCGGCAGUUUCGUUUGUUCGUGCAAACCGGACUACACCGGUGAUCCGUUCCGCGGCUGCGUGGAUAUCGAUGAAUGCGCCGCACUGGAUAAGCCAUGUGGACAGCAUGCGAUCUGUGAAAAUACCGUACCGGGCUACAAUUGCAAAUGCCCGCAGGGUUAUGAUGGAAAGCCCGAUCCAAAAGUGGCCUGCGAACAAGUCGAUGUGAACAUUUUAUGUCGCAGCAACUUUGAUUGCACAAACAAUGCCGAGUGCAUUGAGAACCAGUGUUUCUGCUUGGACGGAUUCGAGCCCAUUGGAUCCAGCUGCGUAGACAUUGAUGAGUGUCGCACUCACGCAGAGGCCUGCGGCCCUCAUGCCCAAUGCCUGAACACGCCUGGUUCCUAUCGAUGCGACUGCGAAGCAGGCUACGUGGGCAGCCCUCCGCGAAUGGCUUGCAAGCAGCCCUGCGAGGAUGUGCACUGUGGUGCUCAUGCUUACUGCAAGCCGGAUCAGAACGAAGCGUACUGUGUUUGCGAGGAUGGAUGGACCUAUAAUCCGAGUGAUGUGGCCGCUGGAUGCGUGGAUAUUGAUGAGUGCGAUGUGUUGCACGGACCCUUUGGUAGCUGUGGCUAUAAUGCCAGCUGCACCAACACACCAGGUGGCUAUAGUUGCGCUUGUCCACCCGGCUUCUCAGGUGAUCCACACAGCAAGUGCCUAGAUGUGGAUGAGUGCCGAGCGGGUGGUAAAUGCGGCGCUGGUGCUGAUUGUGUUAAUAUGCCAGGAGGCGGUUACACUUGCCGCUGCCCCGAGGGCACAAUUUCAGACCCGGAUCCGUCAGUGCGCUGCGUCCCCAUCGUUAGCUGCGCCACCAACGAGCAGUGCCCAGGAAAUGCCAUCUGCGAUGAGACCAAACGCUGUCUGUGUCCGGAACCAAAUAUUGGCAAUGAUUGUCGACAUCCCUGCGAGACGCGCGACUGCGGCGCCCAUGCCCAGUGCAUGCUGGCCAAUGGACAAGCACAGUGCCUCUGCGCGCCAGGCUAUACGGGUAAUGCAGCAUUACCAGGAGGAUGCAGUGAUAUCGACGAGUGCCGCGCCAAUCCCUGCGCUGCCAAUGCAAUUUGCAGCAACACAGCCGGCGGGUAUUUGUGCCAAUGCCCAGGUGGAUCCACUGGUGAUGCCUAUGGCGAAGGCUGCGCCACAGCCAAGACUGUAGGCUGCUCCGAUACCAGUCCGUGUGCCUUAGGCGAAAGCUGUGUUCAGGAUACAUUUACAGGCAGCAGUGUUUGUAUUUGUCGCCAAGGAUAUGAGCGUAAUCCCGAAAGUGGCCAGUGCCAGGAUCUUGAUGAGUGUGGAGCACAGCGUGCAAAGCCUGCGUGUGGCCUGAAUGCACUCUGUAAAAAUCUGCCAGGCAGUUACGAGUGUCGCUGUCCACAAGGAUAUACCGGUAAUCCCUUCGUCAUGUGCGAGAUCUGCAGCAGUCCCGAGUGUCAAUGCCAAGCACCGUAUAAGCUGCUCGGUAACAGCUGCGUGUUGGCUGGUUGCUCUAGUGGACAGCCAUGCCCCAGCGGUGCGGAAUGCAUUUCUAUAGCGGGUGGUGUAAGCUACUGCGCUUGCCCCAAGGGCUACCAAACCCAGCCGGAUGGAAGCUGCAUAGAUGUCAAUGAGUGCGAGGAACGUGGUGCUCAGCUAUGCGCCUAUGGAGCUCAAUGCGUCAACCAGCAGGGCGGCUACAGCUGUCACUGCCCCGAGGGCUACCAAGGAGAUGCCUACAAUGGACUCUGCGCGCCGGCACAGCGGAAAUGUGCUGCUGAUAAGGAGUGCGCCAGCAAUGAAAAAUGUAUACAGCCAGGCGAAUGUGUUUGCCCGCCGCCCUACUUUCUGGAUCCACAGGAUAACAACAAAUGUAAGAGUCCCUGUGAGCGUUUCGCCUGUGGCAUCAAUGCCAAGUGCACGCCAUCCGAUCCACCGCAGUGCAUGUGCGAAGCGGGAUUUAAAGGUGACCCACUGCUCGGAUGCACCGAUGAAGAUGAGUGCGCCCACUUGCCCUGCGCCUAUGGUGCCUACUGUGUCAACAAAAAGGGCGGCUACCAAUGCGUCUGCCCCAAGGGAUUCACCGGUGAUCCCUACAAGAGUGGUUGCAUACUGGAGAACGGCGUACCAAAGAGUACCUGCCUUAACAACGAAGACUGCGCUAGCAAUCUAGCCUGUCUGGAUGGCAGCUGUCUCAGUCCCUGCGCCAGUCUGCUAUGUGGCUCCAACGCCUAUUGCGAGACGGAACAGCAUGCAGGCUGGUGCCGCUGUCGUGUAGGUUUCGUCAAGAAUGCCGAUGGCGAUUGUGUAUCGCAGUGCCAGGAUAUAAUCUGCGGUGAUGGCGCGCUUUGCAUACCCACCAGCGAGGGACCCACAUGCAAGUGCCCACAGGGCUACUUAGGCAAUCCCUUCCCGGGCGGAAGCUGCAGCACUGAUCAGUGCACUGCCUCUAGACCCUGCGAUGAGCGUCAGAUCUGUAUUAAUGGACGCUGUAAGGAACGUUGCGAGGGCGUUGUCUGUGGCAUUGGCGCCACCUGCGAUAAGAACAACGGUAAAUGUGUCUGUGAGCCUAACUUUGUGGGCAAUCCUGAUCUGCUAUGCAUGCCACCCAUCGAACAAGCCAAAUGCUCACCAAACUGCGGCGAAAAUGCGCAUUGCGAGUAUGGACUAGGCCAGAGCCGUUGCGCCUGUAACCCAGGCACCUUUGGUAAUCCCUACGAGGGAUGCGGCGCCCAGAAAAAGAACGUCUGCCAACCAAACAGCUGCGGACCGAAUGCCGAGUGCCGUGGUGCGGAUAAUCAGAUUACAUGCAUAUGUCCACAAGGAUUUAACGGUAACCCCUAUGUGGGCUGCCAGGAUGUGGACGAGUGCGUCAACAAGCCGUGCGGUCUAAACGCUGCCUGCCUUAACACAGCGGGUAGCUUUGAGUGUCUCUGUCUAUCCGGCCAUGCCGGCAAUCCAUACAGCAGCUGCCAGCCUAUUGAGAGCAAGUUCUGUCAGGAUGCUAACCAGUGUCAGUGCAGCGAGCGCGUAGAAUGCCCCGAUGGCUACAGCUGUCAAGGUGGCCAGUGCAAGAAUCUAUGCUCCAACACAGCGUGUGGGCCGCGUGCAAUUUGCGACGCAGGCAAAUGUUUGUGCCCGCUGGGCUAUGUGGGAGAUCCGCUUGACCUGAGCCAAGGCUGCAGUAUACGCGGCCAGUGCGGCAACGAUGCGGACUGCCGCCACACGGAGAUCUGCUUCCAGCUGGGUAAGGGCUUGCGCAAGUGCGUGGAUGCCUGUUCCAAGAUUCAAUGCGGUCCCAAUGCGCUGUGUGUGGCUGAUGAUCAUCGUUCCUCCUGCAUUUGCGCCGACGGAUACUUUGGAAAUCCGAGCAAUCUACAAGUAGGCUGCCAGCCGGAACGCAAGGUUCCCGAUCUUGAAAAUAAAUGCAAGACAGACAAGGAUUGCAAACGUGGUUUUGGCUGUCAAACAGAUGCACUAGGCAGUCGCGAGUGCAUUAAUUUGUGCUCCAACGUUGUCUGUGGUCCCAACGAACUUUGCAAGAUCAAUCCAGCCGGACACGCCAUUUGCAACUGUGCGGAUAGCUUCGUAUGGAAUCCAGUUGUCUCAUCAUGCGAGAAGCCUUCGCUACCCGACUGCACCAGUGAUGAGAACUGCCCAGAUGGCUCCGCUUGCCGCCCUGACGUACUAGGUGUGCUAAAGUGUGUUGCCAUCUGCGAUGCGUUCACUUGUCCGGCCAACUCAAUUUGCGUUGCCCGCCAUCAUCAAGGACGAUGUGAUUGCCUAAGUGGAUUUGUGGGAAAUCCCAACGAUCGCAAUGGCUGCCAGUUGGAGCGCAAGCAUCAGUGCCGUAGUAAUGCUGAAUGUCCCGAAUCGGAAGCGUGCAUUAAGGACGAAUCCACGCAGUCGCUGAGCUGUCGUUCCGCUUGUGACAGCGUUAAAUGUGGACCACGUGCCGUUUGUAUCACGAACAAUCAUCAGGCACAGUGCCAGUGUCCACCAGGCCCCUACGCAGGUGAUCCGUACGAUCCCUUUAACGGCUGCCAGAGCGUGCCCUGCGUCUACAACCAUGAUUGUCCAACUAAUCAAAUGUGCAACCGCAUGACGCACACCUGCUACGAUGUGUGCGAUGAGGAAUCCUGCGGAGAAAAUGCUAUUUGCCUGGCCGAAGAUCAUCGCGCCGUCUGUCAGUGUCCGCCCGGCUACCGUGGAAACCCACUGCCUGAGGUAGCUUGCGUUAAGCAAAAUGGCUGUGCGCCUGGCAGCUGCCAUCCCACGGCAAUAUGUGAGGUCACGCCCGAUGGCGCCAGCUGCAAGUGCCCACCCCUAUUUGUGGGCGAGCCUGAGCCCAAUUCCAGGGGCUGCCGUCCAGAUGGACAGUGCCCCAAUGGCGAUGCUGACUGCCCGGUAAAUACAAUCUGCGCUGGAGGGCGCUGUCUAAAUCCCUGCGAUAAUGCCUGUGGAGCCAAUGCGGACUGCAAGGUGGUCAAUCGGAAGGCGGUUUGCAGCUGUCCGCUGCGAUUCCAGCCUAUCUCCGACUCUGCAAAGAACGGCUGCGCACGUAGUGCGUCCAAGUGUCUCACAGACGUCGAUUGUGGAGGAGAACUGUGCUACAAUGGCCAGUGCCGCGUGGCAUGCCGUAACACACAGGACUGCUCUGAUGGUGAGAGCUGCUUGGGAAAUGUUUGCGUUGUGGCCUGCCUGGAUCAUAGCCAGUGCGCCAAGGGCUUGGCCUGUAUGGAGGGUCACUGCGCCAUCGGCUGUCGCAGCAACAAGGAGUGCAAGCAGGAGCAGUCGUGCAUUGGUAACAAGUGCAUGGAUCCUUGUCAAUCAAGCACCAGCUGCGGACCCAAUGCGCUCUGUAGCAUUGCCCAGCAUCGCAGUCAAUGCACCUGCCCGGAUGGCUUCGAGGGCAACCCAACACCCGAACAAGGUUGCGUGCGGGUGCCCUCUCCCUGUCUCGCCAGUAACCAGUGUCCGAGCGGUCAUAUGUGCAUUGGCAAUCAGUGUAAUCUGCCCUGCACCAAGACCUCCGCCUGCGCCGUGGGAGAACGAUGCUACCAGCAGGUCUGCAGAAAGGUCUGCUACACCAGCAACAAUUGUCUGGCGGGCGAGAUCUGCAACAGCGAUCGCACCUGCCAGCCUGGCUGCGAAUCGGAUGCGGAUUGUCCACCUACCGAGCUAUGUUUAAGUGGAAAGUGCAAAUGCGCCAAUGGAUUUAUUGGCACGCCCUUCGGAUGCUCGGAUAUUGAUGAGUGCACGGAACAGCCAUGCCAUGCCACCGCGAAAUGUGAAAAUGUGCCUGGCUCUUAUCGUUGCGUCUGUCCGGAGGGCACCGUUGGAGAUGGUUACACACAACUGGGUUGCACAAAGCCGAGAGAGUGCAACAAGCCUGACGACUGCGCCAAUAGCUUGUCCUGUAUUCAUGGCAAGUGCACGGAUCCUUGUUUGCACACGGUAUGUGGAGCCAAUGCGCAAUGCCAAGCGGAAGCCCAUGAGUCAGUGUGCACCUGUCCUGCUGGCUAUCUGGGAGAUCCCAAUGACACCGGUGUCGGUUGUUUUAAAGUAGAGUGUAUUGAUCAUGUGGACUGCGCAAGUGAUCGAGCCUGUGAUGCAGAGACUAACCGCUGUAUUAAGCCAUGUGACCUAAUCAGCUGCGGUAAGGGCAGCUGUCAGGUGUCAGAUCACAAAGCCGUAUGUGAAUGUAACGAAGGCUACCAGCUUAUCAAUGAAGCUUGUGAGGAUAUCAACGAGUGCUUACACCAGCCUUGUCAUAGCACAGCUUUCUGCGACAAUCUGCCCGGCAGCUUCAACUGUAAGUGCCCCGAGGGACUAAUUGGUGAUCCUCUGCAGGCGGGCUGUCGCGAUCCAAGCGAAUGCCUCAGCGAUGCUGACUGCCCGACCACGGCCAGCUGCCAGAACUCCCGAUGCCGUAGUCCUUGUGAGCGCCAAAACGCUUGUGGGCUAAAUGCAAAUUGCUUAGCCCAGUCUCACAAUGCCAUUUGCAGCUGUCCUGCCAACUCGCGUGGUGAUCCGCAAGUAGAAUGCGUGCACAUCGAGUGCGCCGACAAUGGCGACUGUGGCGCUGAUAAGGCCUGCCUAGAUGCCAAGUGUAUUGAUCCCUGCUCGCUCCCGAAUGCCUGUGGUGCGCUGGCUCGAUGUUCGGUGCAGAAUCAUAUUGGUGUCUGUGCGUGCGAGUCGGGCAGCACUGGAGAUGCUAAACAAGGCUGUGUGCCGCUUCAAUACUGCCAACAGGACACUCAGUGUCCACAGGGCAGCAUCUGUGCGCACGGAAUAUGCAGUCCUUUAUGCAGCAGUAAUCGCGAUUGUAUUUCGGAGCAGCUAUGUCUGCAGGGCGUCUGCAAGAGCACCUGCAAGACGAACACCACCUGUCCACAGUUCCAGUUCUGCCAAAACAACAUUUGCGUCAAAGAGAUGGAGUGCAGUGUUAAUAGCGACUGCGGCGAGGAUGAAACUUGCCUUGUCGAUGCCUACGGACGUGCUCGAUGUGAAUCUGUCUGCCUUGGACGCUCUGCUUGUGGACGCAACGCGGAAUGCAUUGCGCGCUCCCAUGAGCCCGACUGCAUAUGCAAGGAGGGUUUCUUUGGGGAUGCCCGUUCUGGCUGCCGCAAAAUCGAGUGCAGCACUGAUGCUGACUGUUCCAACGAUAAAAGCUGCGACAAUCAUAUGUGCAAGAUCGCCUGCUUGAUUGGUCAGCCGUGCGGAGAGAAUGCACUUUGCACUACCGAGAAUCAUCAUCAGGUGUGCCACUGUCAGCCCGGAUUCAGUGGCGAUCCGCGCAUCCGUUGUGAUAUCAUUGACUUUUGUAAGGACGCGCCGUGCGGACCCGGCGCCCGUUGUCGCAAUUCGCGUGGUUCCUACAAAUGCACCUGUCCACCUGGUCUCGUCGGCGAUCCCUACAACGAGGGUUGCCGCAGCUCCGUCGAGUGCGAGACGCACGACGAUUGUCCCCCGCAUGCCGCAUGUACCAAGACUAACGGAGUACCCAAAUGCCAGGAUGUGUGCGCUCAGCUGCAGUGUGGCCCCAAUGCGGAAUGUGUUCCGAAAGGUCAUGUGGCGCACUGUGCAUGUCGCAAUGGCUACGACGGCCAACCCGCUGACCGGCUGGCCGGUUGCAAGCCAUUGCCAAUGCCCUGCCAAAUCACUAGCGAUUGUCCCACCAACACAUACUGCUCAGAAAGCGUAUGUAAACCUGCCUGUUUGCUUGACACCGAGUGUGCUCCAUCGGAAGUGUGUCAGGGCGGUCAAUGCUUUGACCCCUGUCAGCAACCGCAGGCAUGUGGCCAGAAUGCCGAAUGCCUGAUGCUGAGCCAUGUGAAACAGUGCCAUUGCCCGGAGGGCUUUACUGGCGACGCAGCCAAGGAAUGCGUGCGUGUGCCGGUGGCCUGCGAUGGUGACUGUGCGCCUGGUUACACCUGCCGCGACUCAAUGUGCCUGCCCAUCUGUCACAAUGAUCUGGAGUGCGCCUCCAAUGAAAAGUGCCUGCGUGGCAACUGCAUGUUAACCUGCCGUGUCGACAACGACUGCUUCCUGGGCCAUGUGUGCCUGCAUAACAAGUGCGUCUAUGGCUGUCACGUGGAUGACGAUUGCAGCGCUUCCGAAUCCUGUCGCAACGAUAAGUGCGUCAAUCCCUGCGUUGAGAAUCCUUGCGGACCCAACGCCGUAUGCUCGGUGUCAAAUCAUCGCGCCAGCUGCAGUUGUCUGGACAAUAUGGUGCCCAACCCCACACCCCAGGUGGGUUGUGUGCGAACGCCCCCUCUGGAGUGCCAUGAGAACCGCGACUGCAACAAUGGGCUGGCCUGUUUUGAGUCCGUUUGUCGUCCACUGUGUGCCGACGAUGCCGGCUGCCUGACCAAUGAGCGUUGCCAACAGGGUGUCUGCAAGCCGCUCUGCCGCCAUGAUAACGAGUGUGCCAAUGGAGAGCUGUGUCUGGGACUUAACUGCGUCACGGGCUGCCGCUCCGACCAAGGCUGCCCCAAUCAUUUGGCCUGCAUUGGCCAGCAAUGCGUAGAUCCCUGCUCGGAGCCCACUGCAUGCGGCACUAAUGCACUUUGCCAGGCCAUCGACCAUCGAAAGCAAUGUAGCUGCCCCGAGGGACUCAGUGGCAAUGCCAACGUGGCAUGCAAGGCGCCACGCACUGCCUGUGGUCGCAACGAGGACUGCGAUGCAAAUCAGCUCUGCUAUGCAGGCAGUUGCCAGGGAAAAUGCCGUAACGAUCAGAACUGCCUCUCGGAUGAACGCUGUAUGCGCGGCACAUGUCGCACCGUGUGCAACACGGAUAGCGCCUGUGCUCAAGGUCAGAUCUGUGAGAAUCGCGUAUGCCAAACGGGAUGCCGCAACGAUCUCAGCUGCGCUAGCGAAGAGGCUUGCGUUAAUAAGAAGUGCCAAAAUCCCUGCCAAGCACCUGGCCAGUGCGGGCAAUGCGCUGAAUGCCUUGUCAUCAAUCACGGUGUCCAGUGCCAGUGUCCAGCUUCAUUCAUUGGCGAUGGCCUAACCGGCUGUCAGCUACCGCCCGAGCGUUGUCAUCCAGGUUGUGAAUGUGACGAAAGCGGCGCCUAUUGCGCCGCAAAAUGCAGCCGCACUGAGGACUGCGACUGUGGACAGCAGUGCGCACGCGGCAAGUGCCGCAACAAGUGCGGCGCCAAGCGUCAGUGUCCGCUGGGACAGCUGUGCGAGCGCGGUGCCUGCAUUGCCGGCUGCAAGUCGAAUGGAGACUGUGCUGCUGACCAGAGCUGCCUUAAUGGCAAAUGCGUUGAUCCCUGUGCCGAUGACAGGGCCUGUGGUCGCAAUGCGCUGUGCACAGUGUCCGAGCAUCGUAUGCUAUGCUACUGCCCUGAUGGCUAUGAGGGCGAACCAAGCAAGGAGUGUGUACAGUUCGAGUGUCGACAGGAUAACGACUGCGAGUCGAGUAAGCGCUGCGAUCAGGGCAAGUGUCGGAAUCCAUGCCUCGAGUUUGGAGCCUGUGGCACAAAUGCGCAAUGUCGUGUGGUCAAUCGUAAAGCCCAAUGCUCAUGCCCACCAGACUUCUUUGGCAAUCCCGCCAGCGAAUGUCAGCCACUAGAUGGCGGCUGCUCGAACAAUCCUUGCGGCGUGAAUUCCAAGUGCAUUGAGCUACCCGGAGGCUACGAAUGUGCCUGCAUGGAUGGCUGCAUGGGCGAUGCCCACAAGGGUUGUCUAUGCGAAGGUACAUUGGUUAAUGCUUGUCAUGAACAACCCUGCGGUCUAAAUGCCGCCUGUCGUGUUCUAAGCAACGAUCAGGCCGAAUGUUACUGCCCCGAGGACUUCCCCAACGGCGAUGCCUAUGUGCACUGCCAUUUGACCCCACCAAAAGAGGACUGCCGCACGCGAGGCUGUGAUAUUGGUGACUGUGUGCGCCAAGGCUAUGAUUAUGUCUGCCAGCAGGACACCGAUCAAUGCUACUCAGAUACGGAUUGUCCCAGUGAGAAAUCAUGCCUGCAAGGACACUGCACCGAUCCUUGUACAAUGCGUGGCGCGUGUGGCAUAAAUGCGCUAUGUCAGACAGUGCUGCAUCGUCCGCGGUGCUCCUGUCCCAGCUGUCACAUAGGUCGACCCGAGGUCGAGUGCAAGCCGGAUCCGAAAUGUGUGCCAGAAGACACAGACCCCAAGACAAAGGAGCAAAUACCAUGCGCCAGUGAUGCCGAGUGUCCAGAAACCUUACAGUGCGGUCAAUUCGGCCAAUGCACAGAUCCUUGCAACAAUCCCCUAUUUAUUUGUGAGAGUAAUAAGAAGUGUGAGACACGUCGCCACCAGCCCGUUUGCAUAUGCAAAUCAGGCUUUAUUGUCAAUGAGUAUGGUGAAUUGACCUGUGCACCGGAUAAGCGCGAAUGCUAUCGCGAUGAUGACUGUGCCUCGAAUAUGGCCUGCACGGAUGGCAAGUGUCGAAACCCGUGUAUAGUGCCACUGGGCCGUGCCCCUAUUUGUGCCGAAAAUAAAUCAUGUGAGGUACAAGAUCAUAAGCCUGUAUGUAUUUGCAUGCGCGAUUGCCAGCCAUCGAUAUCAAUAUGUUUGCGUGAUGCUGGCUGUCCAGCGGGCUUGGCCUGUCGUAAUUAUCAGUGCGUCGAUCCGUGCAAGUUUGCCACGUGCGCAUCCAACUCGCCAUGCAUUGUCGAGGAUCAUAAGCCGAUAUGUAAAUUCUGCCCAACUGGAUUUAUAGCCGAUGCCAAAUACGGAUGUCAAAAAGCUAAGCCAGGUGGCAACUGUUCCACAAAUGAAGAUUGCAGUGAUGCACAUCAAUGCGGAUCGUCUGGUCAAUGUAUCGAUCCCUGUAACAUAGCUUGCGUGGGUGCAGUUAAGUGCACAACAAAAGCUCACAAAAUUGCGACAUGCAUUUGCUCUACAAAUUCAACAAAAAAUAUGACUUUAAACUGUUCACAUCACAGUACCGAAUCGGAAUCAAACGAGACGAUAACAGACCCAACAACCAUUAAGUAUACAGUGAUGAUUUUGGCAAACCAAACAGAAAUGCGUACUCGUUAUACCGACAUAGAAGCUGACAGUGAGACUACUAGCUCAUUCGAUAGCACAACAGAGUCGUUCAAAACCACGAAACAGUUAGGCAUUGUGAAUUCGUUGAGUCAAAAAGACAUUGUGCAACAGGGUAAAACAGAACAACACAGUACCUCAGAAGCACAUACUGAAUCAACCACUUUAGACGGUUCCACCAAAACUACACCAUUAGUUGAAGGAGAACAUAGAACUACAGAAAGACUGACUUUCAUUUCAACUGAAAGAACUCUUUCCCCCGUUACUCAAACAUCGUCUGCUCCUCAGACAAUGGAAACCACAUUUCCAUCGAGGGAACAGUUUACUUCUUUUCCCACCACAACCCAAAGAACCUCGCCUGGAUCGCCUGUUCCUAGUGUCGACGAAGAAUCCACAGUUACAACAGAACUAAUAACCCAAGAAACUACAGAAACAACUCCAACUAAAAACACAACUUUAGAGACUUCUAUUUUACUGACAGAGCUUAGGAGCACUACCACUCCAUUAACAAUAACUCAGCAUGGUGUUAUGCCUGAACUGACUACCAUUCCAACUCAGAAAUAUCCGUCAGUUGAUUUUCAAACGUCCUCUUCAAAUGACAUACCGACAACUACCCGAACAUCUUUCACUAGCACUUCUCUACCAACUGUCUCUGAGGCAUCCACAGUUCUUAUAACUCAAACAGAACCGACUAGUCAUGAAACUUCGAAAACAACUCAAACUAAAAGAAUACCUUCAGAGGCUACCUCGUCAGUGACUGCAUCCAGGGAAACUACCACUUCAUCAACAAUUGCUCAGCAUGGAACUAUGCCUGGACUGACCACCAUUUCGACAGAGAGAUAUCCGUCAGUUGUUUCUCAAACUAAUCAAACAACCAUCACUAGUACUACUGUACCAACUGUCUCUAAAGAAUCCACAGUUCUAAUAACUCACACAGAACCGGCAAGUCUUGAAACUUCAUAUACUACUGAAACGGGUGUUAUACCUUCAGAGGCUACCACCAUAGUGACUGCCUCCGGGGAAACUACCACCUCAUCAACAAUAGCUCAGCAUGAAACUAUGCAUGGACUGACCACUAUUUCUACUGAGAGAUACCCAUCAGCUGUUUCCCAAACUACCGGGACAACCGUCACUAGUACUACUGUACCCACUGUCACAGAAAAAUCCACAGUUCUUAUAACUCAAACAGAACCGACUAAUCUUGAAACUUCGAACACAACUCAAACGGAUAGAAUACUUUCAGAAGCCACAACCUUAGUGACUGCAUCCGGGGAAACCACCACAUCAUCAACAAUAGCUCAGCAUAGACCUAUGCCUGGACUGACUACCAUUCCGACUGAGAGAUAUCUGCCAGAUGUUACUCAAACUACCCAAACAACCAUCACUAGUACUACGGUAACAACUGUCUCUGAAGAAUCCACAGUACUAGUAACUCAAACAGAACCGACUAGCCUUGAAACUUCAAAUACUACUCAAACAGGUAGAAUACCUUCAGAAGCUACCACCUUAGUGACUGCAUCCGGGGAAACCACCACUUCAUCAACAAUAGCUCAGCAUGGAACUAUGCCUGGACAGACUACCAUUUCGACAGAGAGAUAUCCGUCAGUUGUUUCUCAAACUACCCAAACAACUUUCGCUAGUACUACUGUACCAACAGUCACAGAAGAAUCCACAGUACUAGUAACGCAAACAGAACCGACAAGCCUUGAAACUUUAAAAACUACUCAAACGGAUGGAAUACCUUCAGAGGCUACCACCUUAGCGACUGCAUCCGGGGAAACCACCACAUCAUCAACAAUAGCUCAGCAUGGAACUAUGCCUGGACUGACUACCAUUCCGACUGAGAGAUAUCCGUCAGUUGUUUCUCAAACUACCCAAACAACUUUCGCUAGUACUUCUGUACCAACAGUCACAGAAGAAUCCACAGUACUAGUAACUCAAACAGAACCGACUAGCCUUGAAACUUCAAAUACUACUCAAACAGGUAGAGUACCUUCAGAGGCUACCACCUUCGUGACUGCAUCCGGGGAAACCACCACUUCAUCAACAAUAGCUCAGCAUGGAACUAUGCCUGGACAGACUACCAUUUCGACAGAGAGAUAUCCGUCAGUUGUUUCUCAAACUACCCAAACAACUUUCGCUAGUACUUCUGUACCAACAGUCACAGUAGAAUUCACAGUACAAGUAACGCAAGCAGAACCGACUAGUAUUGAAACUUCAAGAACUACUCAAACAGGUAGAGUACCUUCAGAGACUACCACCUUAGUGACUGCAUCCGGGGAAACCACCACUUCAACAACAAUCGAUCAGCAUGGAACUAUGCCUGGACAGACUACCAUUUCGACAGAGAGAUAUCCGUCAGUUGUUUCUCAAACUACCCAAACAACUUUCCCUAGUACUUCUGUACCAACAGUCACAGAAGAAUCAACAGUACUAGUAACGCAAACUGAACCGUCUAGUAUUGAAACUUCAAAAACUACUCAAACAGGUAGAGUACCUUCAGAGGCUACCACCUUAGUGACUGCAUCCGGGGAAACCACCACAUCAUCAACAAUAGCUCAGCAUGGAACUAUGCCUGGACUGACUGCUAUUCCGACAGAGAGAUAUCCGCCAGAUGAUUUUCAAACGUCCUCUUCAAAUGACACAACAAGUACCCAUGCAGCAUUCACAAGCACUGCUGUACCAGCUGUCACAGAAGAAUCCACAGUACUAGUAACGCAAACAGAACCGACAAGCCUUGAAACUUCAAAUACUACUCAAACAGGUAGAGUACCUUCAGAGGCUACCACCUUCGUGACUGCAUCCGGGGAAACCACCACUUCAUCAACAAAAGCUCAGCAUGGAACUAUGCCUGGACUGCCUACUAUUCCGACUGAGAGAUAUCCGUCAGUUGUUUCUCAAACUACCCAAACAACUUUCGCUAGUACUUCUGUACCAACAGUCACAGUAGAAUCCACAGUACUAGUAACGCAAACAGAACCGACUAGUAUUGAAACUUCAAGAACUACUCAAACAGGUAGAGUACCUUCAGAGACUACCACCUUAGUGACUGCAUCCGGGGAAACCACCACUUCAACAACAAUCGAUCAGCAUGGAACUAUGCCUGGACAGACAACCAUUUCGACAGAGAGAUAUCCGUCAGUUGUUUCUCAAACUACCCAAACCACUUUCCCUAGUACUUCUGUACCAACAGUCACAGAAGAAUCAACAGUACUAGUAACGCAAACAGAACCGUCUAGUAUUGAAACUUUAAAAACUACUCAAACGGAUGGAAUACCUUCAGAGGCUACCACCUUAGCGACUGCAUCCGGGGAAACCACCACAUCAUCAACAAUAGCUCAGCAUGGAACUAUGCCUGGACUGACUACCAUUCCGACUGAGAGAUAUCCGUCAGUUGUUUCUCAAACUACCCAAACAACUUUCGCUAGUACUUCUGUACCAACAGUCACAGAAGAAUCCACAGUACUAGUAACUCAAACAGAACCGACUAGCCUUGAAACUUCAAAUACUACUCAAACAGGUAGAGUACCUUCAGAGGCUACCACCUUCGUGACUGCAUCCGAGGAAACCACCACUUCAUCAACAAUAGCUCAGCAUGGAACUAUACCUGGACUGACUGCUAUUCCGACAGAGAGAUAUCCGUCAGUUGAUUCUCAAACGUCCUCAUCAAAUGACAUAACGACAACUACCCAAACAGCUUUCACUAGCACUUCUUUACCAGCUAUCUCUGAACCAUCGACAGUUCUAAUAAAUCAAACAGAACCGACUAGUCUUGAAGCUUCAAAUACUACUCAAACGGAUAGAAUACUUUCAGAGGCCACCGACGUAGUGACUGCAUCUGGGGAAACCACCACAUCAUCAACAAUAGCUCAGCAUGGAACUAUGCCUGGACUGACUACCAUUCCGACAGAGAGAUAUCCGUCAGUUGAUUUCCAAACUACCCAAACAACUUUCGCUAGUACUUCUGUACCAACAGUCACAGAAGAAUCCACAGUACUAGUAACUCAAACAGAACCGACUAGCCUUGAAACUUCAAAAACUACUCAAACAGACAAAAUACCUUCAGAAGCUACCACCUUAGCGACUGCAUCCGGGGAAACCACCACAUCAUCAACAAUAGCUCAGCAUGGAACUAUGCCUGGACUGACUACCAUUCCGACUGAGAGAUAUCCGUCAGUUGUUUCUCAAACUACCCAAACAAUUUUCGCUAAAACUUCUGUACCAACAGUCACAGAAGAAUCCACAGUACUAGUAACGCAAACAGAACCGACUAGUAUUGAAACUUCAAGAACUACUCAAACAGGUAGAGUACCUUCAGAGACUACCACCUUAGUGACUGCAUCCGGGGAAACCACCACUUCAACAACAAUCGAUCAGCAUGGAACUAUGCCUGGACAGACUACCAUUUCGACAGAGAGAUAUCGGUCAGUUGUUUCUCAAACUACUCAAACAACUUUCCCUAGUACUUCUGUACCAACAGUCACAGAAGAAUUCACAGUUCUAAUAACUCAAACAGAACCGACUAAUUUUGAAACUACGAAAUCUACUCAAACUGAAAGAAUACCUUCAGAGGUUUCCACUUUAGGGACUACAUCCAUGGAAACUACAACUUCAUCAGCAAUAACUCAGAUUGAUACUAUUCCUGUACUGACUACCAUUCCGACUAAGAGAUAUCCGUCAGUUGUUUCUCAAACUACUCAAACAACUUUCCCUACUACUUCUGUUCCAACAGUUACAGAAGAAUUCACAGUUCUAAUAACUCAAACAGAACCGACUAACUUUGAAACUACGAAAUCUACUCAAACUGAAAGAAUACCUUCAGAGGUUUCCACUUUGGGGACUACAUCCAUGGAAACUACUACUUCAUCAGCAAUAGGUCAGAUUGAUACUAUUCCUGUACUGACUACCAUUCCGACUGAGAGAUAUCCGUCAGUUGUUUCUCAAACUAACGAAACUGUCAUUAGCACUACUGUACCCAGUGUCACAGAAGAAUUCACAGUUCUAAUAACUCAAACAGAACCGACUAGUCUUUUAACGUCGAAAACUACUCAAACAGACAAAAUACCUUCAGAAGCUACCACCUUAGUGACUGCAUCCGGGGAAACCACCACAUCAUCAACAAUAGCUCAGCAUGGAACUAUGCCUGGACUGCCUACCAUUCCGACUGAGAGAUAUCCGUCAGUUGUUUCUCAAACUACCCAAACAACUUUCGCUAGUACUUCUGUACCAACAGUCACAGAAGAAUCCACAGUACUAGUAACUCAAACAGAACCGACUAGCCUUGAAACUUCAAAUACUACUCAAACAGGUAGAGUACCUUCAGAGGCUACCACCUUCGUGACUGCAUCCGAGGAAACCACCACUUCAUCAACAAUAGCUCAGCAUGGAACUAUACCUGGACUGACUGCUAUUCCGACAGAGAGAUAUCCGUCAGUUGAUUCUCAAACGUCCUCAUCAAAUGACAUAACGACAACUACCCAAACAGCUUUCACUAGCACUUCUUUACCAGCUAUCUCUGAACCAUCGACAGUUCUAAUAAAUCAAACAGAACCGACUAGUCUUGAAGCUUCAAAUACUACUCAAACGGAUAGAAUACUUUCAGAGGCCACCGACGUAGUGACUGCAUCUGGGGAAACCACCACAUCAUCAACAAUAGCUCAGCAUGGAACUAUGCCUGGACUGACUACCAUUCCGACUGAGAGAUAUCCGUCAGUUGUUUCUCAAACUACCCAAGCAACUUUCGCUAGUACUUCUGUACCAACAGUCACAGAAGAAUCCACAGUACUAGUAACGCAAACAGAACCGACUAGCCUUGAAACUUCAAAUACUACUCAAACAGGUGGAAUACCUUCAGAAGCUACCACUUUAGUGACUGCAUCCGGGGAAACCACCACUUCAUCAACAAUAGCUCAGCAUGGAACUAUGCCUGGACUGACUACCAUUCCGACUGAGAGAUAUCCGUCAGUUGUUUCUCAAACUACUCAAACAAUUUUCCCUAGUACUUCUGUACCAACAGUCACAGAAGAAUUCACAGUACUAGUAACUCAAACAGAACCGACUAGCCUUGAAACUUCAAAUACUACUCAAACAGGUAGAGUACCUUCAGAGGCUACCACCUUCGUGACUGCAUCCGGGGAAACCACCACUUCAUCAACAAUAGCUCAGCAUGGAACUAUGCCUGGACUGCCUACCAUUCCGACUGAGAGAUAUCCGUCAGUUGUUUCUCAAACUACCCAAACAACUUUCGCUAGUACUUCUGUACCAACAGUCACAGAAGAAUCCACAGUACUAGUAACUCAAACAGAACCGACUAGCCUUGAAACUUCAAAUACUACUCAAACAGGUAGAGUACCUUCAGAGGCUACCACCUUCGUGACUGCAUCCGAGGAAACCACCACUUCAUCAACAAUAGCUCAGCAUGGAACUAUACCUGGACUGACUGCUAUUCCGACAGAGAGAUAUCCGUCAGUUGAUUCUCAAACGUCCUCAUCAAAUGACAUAACGACAACUACCCAAACAGCUUUCACUAGCACUUCUUUACCAGCUAUCUCUGAACCAUCGACAGUUCUAAUAAAUCAAACAGAACCGACUAGUCUUGAAGCUUCAAAUACUACUCAAACGGAUAGAAUACUUUCAGAGGCCACCGACGUAGUGACUGCAUCUGGGGAAACCACCACAUCAUCAACAAUAGCUCAGCAUGGAACUAUGCCUGGACUGACUACCAUUCCGACUGAGAGAUAUCCGUCAGUUGUUUCUCAAACUACCCAAACAACUUUCGCUAGUACUUCUGUACCAACAGUCACAGAAGAAUCCACAGUGCUAGUAACGCAAACAGAACCGACUAGCCUUGAAACUUCAAAUACUACUCAAACAGGUGGAAUACCUUCAGAAGCUACCACUUUAGUGACUGCAUCCGGGGAAACCACCACUUCAUCAACAAUAGCUCAGCAUGGAACUAUGCCUGGACUGACUACCAUUCCGACUGAGAGAUAUCCGUCAGUUGUUUCUCAAACUACUCAAACAAUUUUCCCUAGUACUUCUGUACCAACAGUCACAGAAGAAUUCACAGUACUAGUAACUCAAACAGAACCGACUAGCCUUGAAACUUCAAAUACUACUCAAACAAGUAGAGUACCUUCAGAGGCUACCACCUUCGUGACUGCAUCCGGGGAAACCACCACUUCAUCAACAAUAGCUCAGCAUGGAACUAUGCCUGGACUGACUACCAUUCCGACUGAGAGAUAUCCGUCAGUUGUUUCUCAAACUACCCAAACAACUUUCGCUAGUACUUCUGUACCAACAGUCACAGAAGAAUCCACAGUACUAAUAACUCAAACAGAACCGACUAGCCUUGAAACUUCAAAUACUACUCAAACAGGUAGAGUACCUUCAGAGGCUACCACCUUCGUGACUGCAUCCGGGGAAACCACCACUUCAUCAACAAUAGCUCAGCAUGGAACUAUGCCUGGACUGACUACCAUUCCGACUGAGAGAUAUCCGUCAGUUGUGUCUCAAACUACCCAAACAACUUUCGCGAGUACUUCUGUACCAACAGUCACAGAAGAAUCCACAGUACAAGUAACGCAAACAGAACCGACUAGUAUUGAAACUUCAAAAACUACUCAAACAGGUAGAGUACCUUCAGAGGCUACCACCUUCGUGACUGCAUCCGGGGAAACCACCACUUCAUCAACAAUAGCUCAGCAUGGAACUAUACCUGGACUGACUGCUAUUCCGACAGAGAGAUAUCCGUCAGUUGAUUCUCAAACGUCCUCAUCAAAUGACAUAACGUCAACUACCCAAACAGCUUUCACUAGCACUUCUUUACCAGCUAUCUCUGAAGCAUCGACAGUUCUAAUAACUCAAACAGAACCGACUAGUCUUGAAGCUUCAAAUACCACUCAAACUAUACCUGGACUGACUGCUAUUCCGACAGAGAGAUAUCCGUCAGUUGAUUCUCAAACGUCCUCAUCAAAUGACAUAACGACAACUACCCAAACAGCUUUCACUAGCACUUCUUUACCAGCUAUCUCUGAACCAUCGACAGUUCUAAUAAAUCAAACAGAACCGACUAGUCUUGAAGCUUCAAAUACUACUCAAACGGAUAGAAUACUUUCAGAGGCCACCGACGUAGUGACUGCAUCUGGGGAAACCACCACAUCAUCAACAAUAGCUCAGCAUGGAACUAUGCCUGGACUGACUACCAUUCCGACUGAGAGAUAUCCGUCAGUUGUUUCUCAAACUACUCAAACAACUUUCCCUAGUACUUCUGUACCAACAGUCACAGAAGAAUUCACAGCUCUAAUAACUCAAACAGAACCGACUAAUUUUGAAACUACGAAAUCUACUCAAACUGAAAGAAUACCUUCAGAGGUUUCCACUUUAGGGACUACAUCCAUGGAAACUACUACUUCAUCAGCAAUAACUCAGAUUGAUACUAUUCCUGUACUGACUACCAUUCCGACUGAGAGAUAUCCGUCAGUUGUUUCUCAAACUAACGAAACUGUCAUUAGUACUACUGUACCCAGUGUCACAAAAGAAUCCACAGUUUUAAUAGCUCAAACAGAACCGACUAGUCUUGAAACUUCAAAAACUACUCAAACGGAUGGAAUACCUUCAGAGGCUACCACCUUAACGACUGCUUCUGGGGAAACCACCACGUCAUCAACAAUAGCUCAGCAUGAACCUAUGCCUGGACUGACUACCAUUCCGACAGAGAGAUAUCCGUCAGUUGAUUUCCAAACUACCCAAACAACUUUCGCUAGUACUUCUGUACCAACAGUCACAGAAGAAUCCACAGUACUAGUAACUCAAACAGAACCGACUAGCCUUGAAACUUCAAAAACUACUCAAACAGACAAAAUACCUUCAGAAGCUACCACCUUAGCGACUGCAUCCGGGGAAACCACCACAUCAUCAACAAUAGCUCAGCAUGGAACUAUGCCUGGACUGACUACCAUUCCGACUGAGAGAUAUCCGUCAGUUGUUUCUCAAACUACCCAAACAAUUUUCGCUAGUACUUCUGUACCAACAGUCACAGAAGAAUCCACAGUACUAGUAACGCAAACAGAACCGACUAGUAUUGAAACUUCAAGAACUACUCAAACAGGUAGAGUACCUUCAGAGACUACCACCUUAGUGACUGCAUCCGGGGAAACCACCACUUCAACAACAAUCGAUCAGCAUGGAACUAUGCCUGGACAGACUACCAUUUCGACAGAGAGAUAUCCGUCAGUUGAUUUCCAAACUACCCAAACAACUUUCGCUAGUACUUCUGUACCAACAGUCACAGAAGAAUCCACAGUACUAGUAACGCAAACAGAACCGACUAGUAUUGAAACUUCAAGAACUACUCAAACAGGUAGAGUACCUUCAGAGACUACCACCUUAGUGACUGCAUCCGGGGAAACCACCACUUCAACAACAAUCGAUCAGCAUGGAACUAUGCCUGGACAGACUACCAUUUCGACAGAGAGAUAUCCGUCACUUGAUUUCCAAACUACCCAAACAACUUUCGCUAGUACUUCUGUACCAACAGUCACAGAAGAAUCCACAGUACUAGUAACUCAAACAGAACCGACUAGCCUUGAAACUUCAAAUACUACUCAAACAGGUAGAGUACCUUCAGAGGCUACCACCUUCGUGACUGCAUCCGGGGAAACCACCACGUCAUCAACAAUAGCUCAGCAUGGACCUAUGCCUGGACUGACCACCAUUCCGACAGAGAGAUAUCCGUCAGUUGAUUUCCAAACAACUUUCGCUAGUUCUUCUGUACCAACAGUCACAGAAGAAUCCACAGUACUAGUAAUUCAAACAGAACCGACUAGCCUUGAAACUUCAAAAACUACUCAAACAGACAAAAUACCUUCAGAAGCUACCACCUUAGCGACUGCAUCCGGGGAAACCACCACAUCAUCAACAAUAGCUCAGCAUGGAACUAUGCCUGGACUGACUACCAUUCCGACUGAGAGAUAUCCGUCAGUUGUUUCUCAAACUGCCCAAACAAUUUUCGCUAGUACUUCUGUACCAACAGUCACAGAAGAAUCCACAGUACUAGUAACGCAAACAGAACCGACUAGUAUUGAAACUUCAAGAACUACUCAAACAGGUAGAGUACCUUCAGAGACUACCACCUUAGUGACUGCAUCCGGGGAAACCACCACUUCAACAACAAUCGAUCAGCAUGGAACUAUGCCUGGACAGACUACCAUUUCGACAGAGAGAUAUCCGUCAGUUGAUUUCCAAACUACCCAAACAACUUUCGCUAGUACUUCUGUACCAACAGUCACAGAAGAAUCCACAGUACUAGUAACGCAAACAGAACCGACUAGUAUUGAAACUUCAAGAACUACUCAAACAGGUAGAGUACCUUCAGAGACUACCACCUUAGUGACUGCAUCCGGGGAAACCACCACUUCAACAACAAUCGAUCAGCAUGGAACUAUGCCUGGACAGACUACCAUUUCGACAGAGAGAUAUCCGUCAGUUGAUUUCCAAACUACCCAAACAACUUUCGCUAGUACUUCUGUACCAACAGUCACAGAAGAAUCCACAGUACUAGUAACUCAAACAGAACCGACUAGCCUUGAAACUUCAAAUACUACUCAAACAGGUAGAGUACCUUCAGAGGCUACCACCUUCGUGACUGCAUCCGGGGAAACCACCACGUCAUCAACAAUAGCUCAGCAUGGACCUAUGCCUGGACUGACCACCAUUCCGACAGAGAGAUAUCCGUCAGUUGAUUUCCAAACAACUUUCGCUAGUUCUUCUGUACCAACAGUCACAGAAGAAUCCACAGUACUAGUAAUUCAAACAGAACCGACUAGCCUUGAAACUUCAAAAACUACUCAAACAGACAAAAUACCUUCAGAAGCUACCACCUUAGCGACUGCAUCCGGGGAAACCACCACAUCAUCAACAAUAGCUCAGCAUGGAACUAUGCCUGGACUGACUACCAUUCCGACUGAGAGAUAUCCGUCAGUUGUUUCUCAAAGUAACGAAACCGUCACUAGUACUACGGUACCCACUGUCACAGAAAAAUCCACAGUUCUAAUAACUCAAACAGAACCGACUACUCUCGAGACUUCAAAUACUACUCAAACGGAUAGAAUACCUUCAGAAGCUACCACCUUAGUUACUGCAUCCAAGGAAACUACUGAAGAACCGUCGAUUAGCACGAUGCCUUUCUUUUAUUCAUCAAUGGGUUAUCCGCGCAGCACAACUACUCAAAGCGUUACAGUAACAACUAUGUUAGGCUUAGGUUUUCAAGAAACGACACCCAUAACGGAAGGUACGCGUAUUUAUUUUGGUGUGCCAAAUACCACAGACAUGACUCGAACAGAAGAACACACAACACAACUGUUUUCAACUUGUAUCAUAACUGACGAUUGUUCGGACGAUGAGAUAUGUUUGAAAGCAUUCUGCAUUAGACCCUGCGAGUAUUACAAAAACCUUUGUAAUGCUCAGAAUUAUUCUGUUUGUCGUACAUUGAACCACACCGCUAUGUGCUAUUGUGAUACCGACGCAGAUGUAAAUAAACCCGGUUGCUCUAUUAAUGCAGAAAUCGGUUGCGCCUCCAGCGACGAAUGCCCAACACAACAAGCAUGCGUGAAUGCUCUUUGCGUGGAUCCCUGCGCCUAUGAGAAUCCAUGCGGUCGCAGUGAUGAUUGUCGCGUUGUUGCUCAUCAACCAGUUUGUGCCAACGACUGCGAGUGUCAGCGCAAAUCCGAUUGUCGGAAUGGUUUCGAAUGUGAUGGUUGUCACUGUCGUGACACAACAGGUCGCACUCCUGGCUGUGAGCACUGCCCACCAGGCGCAAAGUGUGAUCCCACAACUGGUGCUUGUAUUAAAGCUAAUGUAACAAUAACAACUAGUACUACCAAGAAAACCACAGUGAAACCGAAAACAACAGCACAAACAACAACAACAGCUAACCCAAAUACAGGUGAUGAUAUGUUGCCAACCUUAAGCAAGGGUACCACCACUAGCACCACCAUCAUCACUACUAGCACUGAAACGAGCACAGUCAUAGGCGCUACUAACAAAACCAGCACAAGUAAAACCACCAUUGAGACUACAACCAUCAAGUCGGGGCACACGAAAGGCUAUCGGGAUGGUGAAAACAAUAUAACAGAUACGCCAACACCAAGACCCGUGAUUACAACAACCACACUGACUAGCAAAGAUGGUGGCAGGCGCACUACAACCCCAAAAAUGAAGACGACUCGACUUGAUACCUCAAAUGAGAUACCAGAGACGACAACUAUGACCAGCACAACGCCUUGGCCCACGGAACUACCAACUAGAGCAGGCACAACAACGGAAAUCAACGAUCUAAACAUGGUGUAUACAACAACAUCUACACCACCACCGAACACCACAGAUAUUACAGUUAUUAACCCAUGUACAGUAGAUACUAACUGUGCUCCUAACGAGCACUGUAAACUGGGGCGUUGCAAACCCAAAGAGCCACCUGGCACGCCUAAAACACCCGAGCCAUGCCAAUCAAACAAUGAUUGCAUUGAAAGCGAGGCCUGUUACAUGGGUUUGUGUCACGAUCCCUGCGAAUUUGCAAAAAUUUGUGCUUCGAGUGCCAAGUGUACAGCAAAGAGUCACCGACCAAUUUGCAGCUGUCCGCAGGGUCAUGAAGGCAACCCGAUGGUCAAGUGUGUACCAACUCAAACUUCAAUGGAAUGUACGGACAACUCAGAUUGCGGAAUUACGGAAGCCUGCAUCAAUGAGCGUUGCCAGCACCCUUGCGACGUGCAUGAUCCAUGUGCCCAGAACGCGGUUUGUAUCAAUGCCAAUCAUGCAGCUGAUUGCAGUUGCCUGGACGGCUAUCAGGGCAACGGUUUUGUCGGUUGCCAGCCAGCACGCACCCACGUCUGUCAAUACAACGAGGAUUGUCCACCCAACAAGCUAUGCGAUCGCCUUAAUCGACGCUGUAUUAAUCCUUGCCAAGAGGAUUCGUGCGGCGAAAACGCCGAGUGUGUUCCGGUUAACCAUGGCAUCGAUUGUCGCUGCUUACCCGGAUACCUAGGCAAUGCGUAUGUUCUAUGCCAGCAAUCCCAGGGUUGUCGCUCCAAUUCCGAGUGUGAUGUCAGCCAGGCAUGCAUUAAUGGCAAGUGUAUAUCGCCUUGUCAGUGUGGUGCUUAUGCCCUGUGUGAUGUCAUCAAUCAUCGAGGCAUUUGCAAGUGCCCACCUGGAUAUAAUGGUAAUCCAGAGGUGGGUUGCAGUCCACCGCAGAAUCCAUGCGAUCCCAACCCAUGCGGUCUGAAUGCGCAGUGUGAGUUGGACAACGGAAAUCCCAUAUGCUUCUGCCCCAAAGGACUUACGGGUAACCCGUUCAAGAAUUGCAUUCCUGAGGGCGAUGAAUGCACACCCAAUCCUUGUGGUCCCAACUCUGGUUGUCGUCGCGUCAACGGUGCUCCAGUUUGCUUCUGUUUGCCAGAAUAUGAAGGUCAACCUCCACUCAUAGCUUGUGAGUUACCCUCAAAUCCAUGCGAGCCCUCUCCGUGCGGGCCCAACACGCAGUGUGCAGUACUGAGCAACGGAUUCUCCAAAUGCACCUGCCUCCCAGGCUAUGUGGAAAGUCCAAACACCAUACGCGGCUGCGUGGAGCCAAUCAAUCCCUGUGAGCCUAAUCCGUGUGGUACAGGUGCCAUCUGCGACUCAUCCCGCCAGCCUGUCUGCUACUGUCCGGACAACAAGAUUGGAAAUCCGUUCAGAAUUUGCGAGAAGCCAGCGGUCUCUGUUGAACUGUGUCAGCCCGGUCCAUGUGGUCGCAAUGCUGACUGCUAUGUGGCCGGAAAUCGCGAGGAAUGCUUUUGCCGUUCGGGCUACGUUGGAGAUGCUUACCAGGGCUGUAUGGAACCAAGUCGCACUGUGUGUGAUCCUAAUCCCUGCGGACCCAAUGCCAACUGCGUUGUAGCUGGUAAUGGUCAAACAGCUUGUGUGUGCCCUGAAGGUUUGUCUGGCGAUCCAACAUCCGACGCCGGCUGCCAUGGCUACGAAUGUCAAGUGGAUGCCGACUGUCCCCAUAACAAGGCCUGUAUGGGCUUCCAUUGCUACGAUCCCUGCCCUGGUGCCUGCGGUCAAGGGGCCAAUUGCCGCGUGGAACAGCAUCAUCCAGUUUGUUCUUGCAAUGCUGGCUUAACCGGCAAUCCUGGUGUGCGCUGCUUUGCCUUGGAUUUGCCAAAGGCCAGCCCCUGUGUGCCUAGUCCAUGCGGUUUGAACAGCGAGUGCAAAUUGCUAAAUAACCGCGCUGUCUGCUCAUGCUUACCUGGAUAUCUCGGCGAUCCUCAGACCGGCUGUCAGCCGGAAUGCGAUAUUAACUCGGACUGCGGGGAGUUACAAUCCUGCAUAAAUCAUAAGUGCGUGGAUCCGUGUGCUGGUACCAUCUGCGGUAUUAAUGCUAUUUGCAAUGUGCGUCAGCAUACACCUGUUUGCCAUUGCCUCGAUGGCUUCGCUGGAGAUGCCUUCCUGCAGUGUGUGCCUGUUGGUAUUUUGAAGAACAUCUCACGUGAUCCUUGUGCACCCUCGCCUUGUGGACCAAAUGACGUGUGCUCCGUAUUUGGCGAUGGUGUCGCACUAUGUGAUCCUUGCUUUGGACCCAAUGCUCAGCAGAAUCCCCGCUGUAGACCAGAAUGUAUUGCGAACUCCGACUGUCCGUUUGAUCGUGCAUGCUUGGGUCAACGAUGUUUGGAUCCCUGCCCCGGCUCCUGUGGACGCAACGCUAUUUGCAACGUGUACGAGCAUAACCCAGUAUGUGCUUGCCCUAACGGACUCUAUGGCAAUCCCUACGAACAAUGUGCGCCACCCUCGCCAAUUGUACCAACACCUUCGGCUAGUUGUGCUAAGCUGCAGUGUGGUCCCAAUGCCGACUGCAAACGCCAAAGUGGUGGUUUGGCAUGCGUCUGUCGCAAGGGUUACUUUGGAAAUCCCUACUUUGGCUGUCGACCCGAGUGCGUGCUCAACAGUGACUGUUCUGCGGACAAAUCUUGUAUGAACUCCAAGUGUGUGGACGCUUGUGUCGGAGUCUGUGGCGUCAAUGCCGUGUGUCGGGUCGUCAACCAUGCACCAGUUUGUGUGUGCGCCGAGGGUUAUAGUGGUGAUGCCUUCGUGGCAUGCAAUCCAUAUUACUUGCCACCGGUGCUACCGCCUACCGAUCGUCGUAAUCCGUGCGAGCCCUCGCCUUGUGGCCCGAACUCGCGUUGCUUGGCUUCAGCUGACGGUUAUGCCGCUUGCUCCUGUCUACCCAAUUUCAAGGGUGCUCCACCAGUUUGCCAGCCAGAGUGCGUGGUCAGCUCAGAAUGUGCACCUAACCAGGCGUGCAUCAAUCAACGCUGCGCCGAUCCUUGCCCAGGCACUUGCGGCAUUGGUGCGAGGUGUGAAGUUCUGAAUCAUAAUCCGAUUUGCUCAUGUGAGGCACUCUUUGAGGGUGAUCCAUUCGUGUCUUGCUCGCGCGUGCCUGAACCGCCACCAGAUGGCAAAUCACCAGCAAAUCCUUGCGUACCAUCGCCGUGCGGUCCCAACUCCAUAUGCCAGAUUAAACAGAACCGACCAGUGUGCUCGUGCGUUGCCAAUUAUAUAGGCAGUCCCCCAUACUGCCGACCCGAGUGCACGCUAAGCAGUGAAUGCCCCACCGAUAAGGCAUGCAUACAGGAAAAAUGUCAAAAUCCAUGCGCCAACACUUGUGGACACAAUGCCCGCUGCACGGUAGUUGCGCACUCAGCUCAUUGCAGCUGCGACGCAGGAUACGAAGGCGACGCCUUCGUGGGCUGCUCAAAGGUCAUAGAACAGAAACCACACGAUCAUAUCAAUCCCUGUUAUCCAAAUCCGUGCGCAGAGAAUGCAGUGUGCACACCGCAUAAUGACGCCGCUCGGUGCAGCUGCAUUGAGCCCUACUUUGGGGAUCCAUACAACACCGGCUGUCGGCCAGAAUGUAUUUAUAACUCCGAAUGUCCAUCGUCUUUGGCCUGCAUUAAGCAGCACUGUCGAAAUCCUUGCACAGGCGCAUGCGGUCCCAAUGCCGAGUGCGGCGUGAUCAACCAUUUGCCCACUUGCAGUUGCACGCAUGGCUUCGAGGGCGAUCCCUUCGUAGGCUGCAAACGCACUCCCAUUGGACCCGUCAGCGUGUGUGAGCCCAACCCUUGUGGACCAAAUAGUAUAUGCCGCACAGUUGAGGGUCAUCCAACAUGUAGUUGUCAAGUUGGUUACUUUGGCGCACCACCCACAUGCCGCCCGGAGUGUGUAGUUAGCUCUGAGUGUGCUCAGCAUUUGGCAUGUAUUAAUCAAAAGUGCGCCGAUCCAUGCAGUGGCACAUGCGGCUUCAAUGCCAAAUGUCAAGUUAACAAUCACAAUCCCAUCUGUACUUGCCCAAAUGAAUAUGUAGGAGAUCCAUUCGAACAAUGUGUUCCUAAACCGCCUGAAUCACGACCCGCUGUCAAUCCCUGCCUACCAAAUCCUUGUGGGCCAAAUGCCAUGUGCCGUGAUGUAAACAAUCGUGCAGAGUGCUCUUGCUUAGAGGGCAUGUUCGGUGCACCACCCAACUGCCGACCCGAAUGCGUUAUUAAUCAGGACUGCCCCUCGAAUCGCGCCUGCAUACGCCAGCGCUGCGAAGAUCCUUGCAUUGGCACUUGCGGCUUCAAUGCGUUGUGUAAUACCCAGCAUCAUCAGCCCAAGUGCAGUUGUCUUGACGGUUACGAAGGCGAUCCGUACACGGGUUGCAAUAUGCAUCAAAUUGUGGUGCCCGAUGUACCCUCUGAUCCAUGCUAUCCAUCGCCAUGUGGUGCAAAUGCCAUUUGUCGCGAACGCAACGGUGCUGGCUCAUGCAGCUGCAUUCAAAAUUAUUUUGGUGAUCCAUACAUUAAUUGCCAACCCGAGUGUGUGCAAAACAGCGACUGCCCCGGUAGCAAGGCUUGUAUCAAUAUGAAGUGUCGUGAUCCCUGUGCGAAUGCGUGCGGUUUUAAUGCGGUUUGUCGCGUUACUCAUCAUCAACCCGUUUGCAGUUGUGAGCCAGGUUUUACAGGAAAUCCAUUACGCGCCUGCGUGGAGCGACCCACAAAUAUGUACCUGCCAUUGCCCAAAGAUCCAUGCAGACCGUCCCCCUGCGGCCUCUUUAGCACCUGUCAUGUUGUUGGGAGUCGUCCAGUCUGCGCUUGCCUGCCAGAUUAUAUGGGCAACCCACCCAACUGCAAGCCGGAGUGUUUGACAAGUGCAGAGUGUACCUCAGAUAGGGCCUGCAUUAAUCAGAGAUGCCGCGAUCCCUGCCCCGGCACCUGUGGCUACAAUGCGCGCUGCCGGACAUCGAAUCAUUCGCCCAUCUGCAGCUGCUAUGAUGGUUAUACUGGUGAUCCAUUCCAUCAGUGUGUGCCCGAGCAAAAGCCAGCACCCAUUCCCGAUCCCAUACAACCGGUAAAUCCCUGCGUGCCUUCGCCCUGUGGCCCUAACUCACAGUGCCAAGUCGCAAGUAGCGGUGCCGUCUGCGCCUGUCUCAACAACUACAUCGGACGUCCUCCUGCAUGCCGGCCCGAAUGCAGCAUUAAUUCUGAGUGCCCGGCUCGUAUGGCCUGCAUGAAUGCACGCUGCGCCGAUCCAUGCAUUGGUUCCUGUGGCAAUAACGCGAUCUGCCAUGUCAGCUUCCAUGCGCCCGUGUGUAUGUGCCAGCAAGGCUACACAGGAGAUCCAUUUUCCGGCUGCUACAAAAUCUUAGAAACACCCGUAGAAACCACACAACCCUGUCGACCCAGCCCUUGUGGUCUGAACGCUCUUUGUGAGGAGCGUACUCAAGCUGCAGCCUGCAAAUGUUUGCCCGAAUACUUUGGCGAUCCGUACGUCGAGUGCCGACCCGAGUGUGUGAUCAACUCGGAUUGCCCCAAAACGCGCGCCUGUGUCAACCAGAAGUGCGUUGACCCAUGUCCGGGUAUGUGCGGCCAUAGUGCGCUAUGUGCCGUAUUUAACCACGCGCCCAACUGCGAAUGUCUGCCAGGCUAUACAGGAAAUCCCAUAGUGGGCUGUCAUUUAGUACCCGAAUCGCCACGAUAUCCCGAUCCUAUUGUACCCGAAAAUCCAUGUCAACCCUCACCAUGCGGUUUAUAUAGCAACUGCCGCGCACUCAACGGUCAUGCAGUUUGCUCAUGCAUUCCAAAUUAUGUGGGCGCACCACCUAACUGCCGGCCCGAAUGCAUGAGCAGUUCGGAAUGCAGCCAGGACAAGUCCUGCAUUAACGAGCGCUGCAAAGAUCCUUGCCCUGGCACAUGCGGGAACGAUGCGCUAUGUCGCGUCGUAAAUCACAAUCCCAUUUGCUCCUGCAUCCCUGGCUACAGUGGUGAUCCUUUCGUACGCUGCCUACUCGAAGAAAAACGCCCCAUCAUAAGCAAUCCCAUCGAUCCGUGUGUGCCUUCGCCAUGCGGACCCAACUCGCAGUGUAGGGUGUCGGCGGCUAAUGAGCAGCCCGUCUGCUCAUGCUUGCAACAUUAUGUGGGUAGGGCCCCAAAUUGUCGGCCCGAGUGUACCUCGAACUCCGAGUGUGCUGGGAACUUAGCCUGCAUCAAUCUACGCUGCCAGGACCCCUGCGUGGGCACCUGCGGCAUUCAAACAACCUGCCUUGUAAAUAAUCAUAGACCAAUUUGCCGUUGCCUCGAUGGCUACAUCGGCGAUCCAUUCUCUGAGUGUAGUCCACAAAUUAUCAUACCGCCCGAAAUUGCUGAACCCUGUAAUCCCAGUCCUUGUGGAGUCAAUGCUCUUUGUAAAGAACGGAACGGCGUCGGCUCCUGCACCUGCCUGCCUGAAUAUAGUGGCGACCCAUACACAGAGUGUCGUCCGGAGUGUGUGCUUAACAGCGACUGUUCCAAAAAUCGUGCCUGCCUUAAUAACAAGUGCCGAGAUCCCUGUCCAGGCGUAUGCGGCAUUGCCGCCGAGUGUCACGUCAUCAAUCACUCGCCCAGCUGUAGUUGUCCAUCCGGUUAUACGGGCAAUCCGUCACAGUACUGCCGUGAAAUACCCAAAUGUAGAGUAUUCCUAAAAAAAUCGGAUAAAAUCGGUCUAGUAAUAUUUCACCCCAAUUUUGUAGUGGCGCCACCUGUGCAACCGUGUCAACCAUCACCAUGCGGUCCCUAUAGCCAGUGCCGCGAGGUGAAUGGUCAUGCAGUCUGCUCGUGCAUUGCUAAUUAUAUUGGUGCACCGCCUGCCUGUCGUCCCGAGUGCUCGGUUAGCUCCGAAUGCUCGCAAGACAAGGCGUGCAUUAAUCUGCGCUGUGUAGACCCAUGUCCAGGCACUUGCGGUAAUGAAGCCGUAUGUAAGGUGACCAACCACAAUCCUAUUUGCUCCUGCCCAGCUGGCUAUAGUGGCGAUCCGUUUGUGCGUUGCGCACCUUGGCAGCAAGAGCCCGAAGCUCCCAAAUCCAAUGAGAAUCCUUGCGUACCAAGUCCCUGCGGUCCAAACUCGCAAUGUCGCGUGGUUGGCGAAACGGGCGUCUGUUCAUGCUUGCCCAACUAUAUUGGACGUGCACCAAAUUGUCGCCCGGAAUGCACACAAAACUCGGAAUGCCCCAGUAAUCUGGCUUGUAUCAACGAGCGUUGCAAGGAUCCAUGUCCCGGCUCAUGCGGCUUUAACGCUUUUUGCAACGUGGUGAACCACUCGCCAGUUUGCACCUGCGAAAGCGGCUACUCGGGCGAUCCAUUUGCUGGCUGCAACCCGCAACCUAUCGCCACGCCUGAAGAACGUUUAACACCCUGCGUACCUACACCUUGCGGUCCGAAUGCGGAGUGUCGAGAGCGCAAUGGGGCUGGCUCCUGUACGUGCCUACCAGAAUAUUUUGGUGAUCCGUACAGUGGCUGCCGUCCGGAGUGCGUAGUGAACAGCGACUGCGCACGUGAAAGAUCUUGCAUCAAUCAGAAAUGCGUUGACCCUUGUCCGGGUGUUUGUGGCUUAAACGCGGAGUGUCGCGUGUCUAAUCACUUGCCCAGCUGCCUCUGCUUAGCUGGUUAUACUGGAAACCCAUCGAGUGCAUGCCGCGAAAUACCACAACUACCUGAACCACCUGUUAUCAAUGAAAAUCCUUGCGUGCCUUCACCCUGCGGUCCGUACAGUCAAUGUCGCGAAAUAAACAACCAUGCCGUCUGCUCCUGUCAGCCCGGUUUCAUUGGCUCUGCGCCCAACUGUAGACCCGAAUGCAUUGUUAGCUCGGAUUGCGCACAAGAUCUUAACUGUCAGAAUCAGAAGUGCGUCGAUCCAUGCCCCGGCACUUGCGGCAUUGAAGCGCGUUGCCAGGUUAUUAACCACUAUCCUGCAUGUUCCUGUGCCCCAGGCUAUACUGGAGAUCCCUUCAAUCGAUGCACUCGCGUUCUAUUGGAACCAACACCCAAAGAAUCUGGUAAUCCCUGUGUGCCCUCACCCUGCGGACCAAACUCCAAAUGCGUCGAUGUGCACGGUUCACCUGCAUGCUCCUGCCUACCCGACUAUCUCGGACGGCCACCCAACUGCCGACCCGAGUGCAUGUCUAGUCCCGAUUGUCCAGCCAACUUGGCCUGUGUUAAUCAGCGCUGUGCUAACCCAUGUAUCGGUGCAUGCGGGAUACACUCACAGUGUACUGUUAUCAAGCAUAACCCGAACUGUCAAUGCGAGCCUGGUUAUACCGGAGAUCCCUUCUCAGGCUGUGCUAUUAUACAACAAAUCACGCCAACGGAAGCUCCUCGUAAUCCAUGUAAUCCAAGCCCAUGUGGUGCCAAUGCUAUCUGUCGUGAACGCAACGGUGCGGGCUCCUGUGCAUGCUUGCCUGAGUACUUUGGUGAUCCGUACAGUGGUUGUCGACCGGAAUGUGUACAAAAUGCCGAUUGCGAUCGAUCACGUGCCUGCAUCAACAACAAAUGCCAGGAUCCCUGCCCCGGUGCCUGUGGCAUCAAUGCUGAAUGUCGCGUAUUAAACCAUGCACCCAAUUGCAUGUGCUUCGAUGGUUACACAGGCGAUCCACAUCGUUCGUGCGCACUUACUGAAGUCGUAACCCGCCGUCCGGAGAAUCCUUGUCAGCCGUCACCAUGUGGACCCAAUAGUCAGUGUCAUGAAACUAACAGCCAUGCGGUAUGCAGUUGCCUGGAAGGUUACAUUGGAGCACCACCCAGUUGUAAGCCUGAGUGUGUAGUCAGCUCUGAGUGCGCACAAAAUCGUGCCUGUAUCAAUCAGAAAUGCGCCGAUCCCUGUCGCGGCGCUUGCGGAGAUAAUGCCAAAUGCCAAGUGGUUAACCACAACCCCAUCUGCAGCUGCGUGCCAGGCAUGACCGGUGACCCAAUCUCGGGAUGUGUGACUGAUGUGGGUAAAAGUACCGAGAAUCCAUGUGUACCCUCACCUUGUGGUCCGAACUCAAUUUGCCGUGAGAUUGGACAGCAGGCAGCCUGCUCCUGCCAGGCGAACUAUAUUGGACGUCCGCCCAGCUGUCGACCAGAGUGCACUAACAACGAUGAAUGUCAAAAUCAUCUGUCCUGUCAACAGGAACGUUGCAUUGAUCCUUGUCCCGGCUCAUGUGGCAGCAACGCCGUAUGUCAGGUUGUCCAACACAAUGCGGUUUGCUCCUGCGCCGAUGGCUACGAGGGUGAUCCUCUUUUUGGUUGUCAGCUCAUUGCUCCAGUACUGCCUACUCAACCACCCACAUCACCCUGCGAGCCCUCGCCCUGUGGUCCACACGCAGAGUGCCGAGAGCGCAAUGGUGCCGGCGCCUGCUAUUGUCACGAUGGUUUUGAGGGCAAUCCCUACGAUGCUCAACGAGGAUGCCGUCGCGAAUGCGAAGCCAACGAUGACUGUAGUCUAGCACAGGCAUGCGUGCGCUUUAAAUGCAUUGAUCCGUGCGCUAACAUGUGCGGAGAGUAUGCCAUAUGUACCGUAGAUAACCAUGUGCCCACCUGCAAUUGCCCGGCGGGCUAUAGCGGUGAUCCGUUCUUUAGCUGUCGACCAGUACCGGUUACACCUCCGCCACCAGUAAAUCCCUGCGUACCAUCGCCAUGCGGCCCGAACAGCAAUUGCCGCAGUAUCAACAACCAAGCGGUGUGCUCUUGCCAAUCAGGCUUUAUCAGCCAACCACCAAACUGCCGACCCGAGUGCGUUGUCAGCGCAGAAUGCGCCUCAGAGCGUGCCUGUGUAAACAAUAAGUGCGUAGAUCCCUGCCUCCACACGUGCGGAAUACGUGCCAUCUGCAGCACGAAGAACCACAGCCCUAUUUGCUCAUGUCCACGCGGUAUGACUGGUGAUCCAUUCGUGCAAUGUUCCAAAAUACCGAUUACGCACGAUGUGACCACACCUGAACCGCCUGCACCUUCCUGUGUGCCCUCACCUUGCGGCCCUAACUCUAAGUGCCAAGUUGUUGGCGGUAGUCCGGCCUGCUCUUGCCUACCAGACUUUAUUGGCGCUCCGCCGCGUUGUAGACCUGAGUGUGUGCUGAACUCGGAAUGUGGAUCCACUGAGGCGUGUAUCAAUCAGAAGUGUCGCGACCCUUGCCCAGGCUCCUGCGGAUUUGAGGCCAAAUGUCAUGUACUUAAUCAUCUACCAAUUUGCAACUGCAUCGACGGCUUCACUGGUGAUCCGUUUGUACGCUGCAGUAAACUGCCAGAAGUAAAGGUUGUACCGCGACCCGAUGAUCCAUGCAGUCCCAACCCCUGUGGACCGAAUGCCGACUGCUUUAGCGGUGAGUGUCGCUGUCAGAACAAUUAUCAGGGUAAUCCCUACGAGGGUUGUCGCCCUGAAUGCACACUGUCUGCGGAUUGUUCCCGGGAUAAGGCUUGCAUGCGCAACAAAUGCGUGGAUCCCUGCCCAGGAACCUGUGGCAAUAAUGCUGUCUGCGAGGUUAUGAAUCACAUACCCGUAUGCUCAUGCCAACAAGGCUAUGAGGGUGAUCCGUUCACCAACUGCCGUCCAAAAACUAUUGAAGCUACGCCAGAGGUCAAGGCCUGCUCGCCCUCACCCUGUGGUGCUAAUAGUCAGUGUCGCGAUGUUAAUGGACAUGCGGUCUGCUCAUGCCUGGAAGGCUUCAUUGGAGCACCACCUCAAUGCCGACCUGAAUGCGUCGUGUCUAGCGAGUGCUCAGCAGUGCAAGCGUGUGUCAACCGGAAGUGCGUAGAUCCCUGCGCUGGAGCAUGUGGCAUUGAAGCACGCUGUGAGGUUAUCAAUCACAGUCCUAUAUGUGGCUGUCCGCCAGGCACUACUGGUGAUCCAUUUAAGGGGUGCACUGAAAUACCCACACAAAAGGACGUAGAUCAAGAGCAACCUCCAAGCGAUCCAUGCGUGCCAUCCCCCUGCGGACCCAACUCAAUAUGUAAAGCCGAUGAUAAGGGACCUGUAUGCCAAUGUCUUCCCGAGUAUUUUGGAUCACCCCCCAACUGCCGUGUAGAAUGCAUCAUCAAUCCAGAUUGCCCCUCCACACAGGCCUGCAUAAACAACAAGUGUCGCGAUCCCUGUCCAGGCUCCUGUGGCACUAAUUCCGAGUGCCGCGUUAUCGGCCACUCCGUUUCCUGCUCAUGCCCGCCUGGCUAUGCCGGCAAUGCUUUUGUACAGUGCGUGUUGCAGCGUGAGGAGCAGCCGAAGCCUUGUGAGCCUUCACCAUGUGGUGCCAAUGCCGAAUGCAUCGAGCGCAAUGGCGCCGCAGCCUGCAAGUGUAUUGACGAGUAUCAGGGCAAUCCCUAUGAUGGCUGUCGACCAGAGUGCGUGCUUAGCUCAGACUGUCCCACGGACAAGGCUUGCAUAAGGAAUAAAUGCCAAGAUCCCUGCCCCGGCAUUUGCGGAUCAAACGCUCAAUGCUACGCGCUCAACCAUGUGCCAAAUUGCGUUUGCAACGAUGGAUACACUGGCGAUCCGUUCUCCAAUUGUCGACGCGUCGAAGCAACAAUACCAGCACCAGUCGGUGACCCGUGCAAACCUUCGCCUUGCGGCCCUAAUAGCAAGUGCCGUUUAUCCAAUGGCUUGGCCGUAUGCUCCUGCUUGGAGACAUUUAUUGGCGCACCGCCCAAUUGUAAACCGGAGUGUACAGUAAAUGCCGAGUGUCCACAGAAUAAGGCGUGUCAUAAAUUCCGCUGCGCCAAUCCGUGCGCCGGCACUUGCGGCAUCAAUGCCAAGUGUGAGGUGAUCAACCAUAAUCCCAUCUGCAGCUGUCCACAAGACAUGACUGGUGAUCCGUUCGCUCGCUGCUAUCCAGCACCUGAACUUGCCGAGCCCAAGGACACCCCCAAGGAAAAGAAUCCAUGCCAACCUUCACCCUGCGGCCUCUAUUCGGAGUGCCGUGUGCGCGGCGACCAGGCAUCCUGCUCAUGUCUGCCAAACUACAUUGGAGCACCUCCCAACUGCCGGCCAGAGUGCAUUGUGAAUACAGAUUGCGCCUCAGAUCGUGCCUGCAUUGCAGAAAAGUGCCGCAAUCCCUGUGAAGGCUCCUGCGGCAUCAACUCUGAGUGCCGUAUACAAAAUCAUCUGGCUAUAUGCACGUGCCGCGAUGGCUUUACUGGUGACCCGUUUGUGCAAUGUGUUGAGGUUGUUGAAAAAACCACACAGCCACAAAUACCAUCACAGGAUCCCUGUGACCCUUGCGGUGCCAACGCCGAAUGCCGCAACGGCAUUUGCAGCUGCCUGCCUGAAUACCAGGGUGAUCCAUAUAGCGGCUGUCGUCCAGAAUGCACACUCAGUACCGAUUGCUCACCAAACAAAGCUUGCCUGAACAAAAAAUGUGUCGAUCCAUGCCCCGGCACCUGUGGCCAGAACUCACAAUGUGAUGUCUCAAAUCACAUACCUAUAUGUAGCUGUUUGCAAGGGUACACGGGUGAUCCAUUUGUCCACUGUCGCCAAGAGACUCCUGUGGCCAAGGAUCCAUGCCAACCAAAUCCGUGCGGACCCAAUAGUUUAUGCCAUGUCUCUGCCCAGGGUGCUGUUUGUGCCUGCCAGCCGGGCAUGUUGGGCUCACCACCGGCGUGCAAGCCCGAAUGCAUUGUUAGCUCAGAGUGUUCGCUACAAACAGCUUGCAUACAGAAGAAGUGCGUUGAUCCCUGUCCAGGGGCUUGCGGCCAGUUUGCGCGCUGCCAAGUGAUUAAUCAUAAUCCGUCUUGCUCUUGCAAUACGGGCUAUACGGGUGAUCCAUUCACGCGCUGCUACCAGGAAGAACGCAAACCCACGCCAGUGAGUCCGAGCAAUCCUUGCGUACCACCACCAUGUGGACCGAAUUCGGAGUGCAAGGAGCUGAAUGGAAAUCCAGCUUGCUCGUGCGCAGCUACAUUUAUUGGCACUCCGCCAAACUGCCGACCGGAGUGCACCAUCAAUCCAGAAUGUUCACCAACUAAGGCAUGCAUACGGCAGAAGUGUGCCGACCCUUGUGUGGGCGCCUGCGGAUUUAAUGCCCGCUGCAACGUGGCCAAUCAUCAACCCAUUUGCACAUGCGAUGUAGGCUACACUGGAGAUCCUUUCACGGGCUGCCAACCGGAACAAGAACGGAUAGUCAAUGAACAGGUCACACCCUGCGAACCAAAUCCUUGUGGAUCGAACGCCGUCUGUCGUGAGCGCAAUGGUAUUGGCUCUUGUCAGUGCCUUCCCGAUUACUUUGGCGAUCCCUAUCAGUCCUGUCGACCUGAAUGCGUACGUAAUUCCGACUGUCCAUCGAAUAAGGCGUGUCAACAACAGAAGUGUCGCGAUCCCUGCCCUGGCACUUGUGGCACAAAUGCCGACUGCCGGGUAACGAACCACCUUCCUACGUGCACAUGUCGCAGCGGUUACACUGGUGAUCCGUAUCGUUACUGCCAUGUGGAACCAGUUCAACGUAAGCCCCACCUAACUCAGCACCUGAACAAUAAGUACAAGAUACCCUUUACAGCUAUACGUCUGGCCGAACCCACUCAACCCUGUCGUCCCUCACCAUGUGGUCCCAACUCCCAGUGCCGCGAGCUAAAUGGCCAAGCGGUUUGCUCCUGUCUUGAGCUCUACAUCGGUUUGCCACCGAACUGUCGACCCGAGUGUGUGUUGAGCACUGAGUGCCCCACCGAAAAAGCAUGCGUUAGUCAACGCUGUCAAGAUCCUUGUCCGGGCACAUGCGGCAUCAAUUCCGAAUGCCGCGUUCAUAAUCACAGUCCUCUUUGUCAGUGUCGUCGCGGUUUCACGGGCGAUCCUUUUACACGUUGUUAUACCCUGCCACGUAAGCAAACUAGUCCUUUUUUAAAUAGAUUAUGUCAUAGCCAUAUUGAUUUUCCCAACUCAGCACCCACCCCGGCCAUUGACCGCGUUGAACGUGAUCCUUGUGUGCCGACGCCCUGUGGCCUUAAUAGCCAGUGCCGCAAUGUACAAGGCGUUCCAUCCUGCACAUGUCUACUAGAAUACAUUGGCACACCGCCAAACUGUCGACCAGAAUGUACUAUUAGUGCAGAGUGCGCCUCGAACAUGGCAUGUAUACGCGAAAAGUGUAUUGAUCCCUGCCCUGGGUCUUGCGGCUUUGGAGCGGAAUGCAGUGUCAUCAGCCAUACACCGAUAUGUACUUGUCCUUUAGGUUAUACAGGUGAUCCGUUUAGCAGUUGUCGUCUGGCACCACCAGAGCCCGUGAUAAACGAAUAUGUUGACCGUUGUCAACCUUCGCCGUGUGGUCCAAACGCCCAGUGCAACGAUGGUAUCUGUAAUUGUUUGCCCGAGUUCCAUGGUGAUCCGUAUACCGGUUGCCGUCCGGAAUGUGUGCUUAACUCUGAUUGUCCGCGCGAUAAGGCCUGUCUACGCAACAAAUGCUCUAAUCCAUGCCCGGGCACUUGCGGCGAGAAUGCCAUUUGCGAUGUCAUUAAUCACAUACCCAUGUGCAGGUGCCCCGAUGGUACAGCUGGCAGCGCCUUUAUACGUUGCACGCCCGUUCCGAAAAAUGUUAUCACUACCAAUCCUUGCCAGCCGUCGCCUUGUGGUCCAAACUCUCAGUGCCGCGAAGUCAACCAGCAAGCUGUGUGCUCCUGUUUGCCAAGCUACAUUGGUGCCCCACCCACCUGUAGGCCCGAAUGUACCUCUAAUGCCGAAUGUGCGCCUACCCAAGCGUGUCUCAAUCAGCUUUGUGGAGACCCAUGUCCUGGUACUUGCGGGGUGGGCGCCAACUGUGCUGUUGUCAAUCACAGUCCCUUCUGCACCUGUCCUACCCGCUUCACCGGCAAUCCCUUCAUACGUUGUCAACCCCAAAUUGAACCUGUACGUGACAAUCAGCCAACUGAUCCAUGCCGGCCAUCACCCUGUGGCCCCUAUGCUCAAUGUCGUGCCAUUGGCGAUGCACCCGCUUGUUCCUGUCUCGAAACCUAUAUAGGACGUCCACCGAACUGCCGACCAGAGUGCGUCACCAGCUCAGACUGCAGCAGUCAACUGGCCUGCAUCAACCAGAAGUGUGCAGAUCCUUGUCCAGGGCGCUGUGGCUUGAAUGCUGACUGUCGCGUUGUCAGCCAUGUGGUGCAAUGCAUCUGCCAGCAAGGUUUCAUUGGCGAUCCCUUCGUCCAGUGCAGUCCCGAAAUUGAACGCGACAUCGAAGUGCGUACACCCUGCAGCCCCAGUCCCUGUGGAGCAAAUGCCAUUUGUCGCGAGCGUGACGGAGCUGGAUCUUGCCAAUGUCUGCCGGAAUACUUUGGCAAUCCCUACGAUGGUUGUCGACCCGAGUGUAUGCUAGACUCUGAUUGCGCAUCGAAUCGUGCCUGCCUGCAGCAAAAGUGUCAGGAUCCUUGCCCCGGUACCUGUGGUCAAAACGCCGCCUGUCAGGUUAUUAACCAUCUGCCAUCCUGCAAUUGUCUACCCGGGUACAUAGGGGAUCCCUAUCAACUUUGUACACGUCCUGUCGAACGUAAGCAAUCACCCACAUUUCCAAUUGGCACUCUUAACCGUUGCACAUAUAUAUUCGCUGUAGCUAUACGUAACGAAUACACGAAUCCGUGUGAGCCCACGCCGUGCGGUCCUAACUCACAGUGUCGCGUUACAAAUGGGCAGGCCGUCUGCUCGUGUCUGCCCCAGUUCAUUGGCGCCCCACCUGCCUGUCGACCCGAGUGCACAAUCUCAUCGGAAUGUACUGUUGAUAAGGCCUGUCUGAAUCAGAAAUGUGUCAAUCCCUGCGUGGCCAAUACCUGCGGCAGCAAUGCGAUGUGCCGUGUACGCAACCACAGUCCUAUCUGCACUUGUGUCAGUGGCUUCACAGGCGAUGCCUUUACAAAAUGCUUCCCAAUGCCACCGCCGCCAAUUGAAGUACAACAUGAACCGUUGCGCGAUCCUUGCGUGCCUACACCCUGCGGCCCGCACUCUGAGUGUCGCAACAUUAAUGGAGUUCCAGCAUGUUCCUGCCUAGCAAUGUUUAUUGGUCAGGCACCAAAUUGUCGUCCAGAAUGUAUUAUUAAUUCGGAAUGUCCUAGCCAACAGGCAUGCAUUAAUCAGAAAUGCCGCGAUCCCUGCCCAGGUGCAUGUGGCUUAAAUGCCAUUUGUAGCGUAAUUAACCAUACGCCGCUCUGUGCCUGCAGCGAGGGUUACAUUGGUAAUCCAUUCACUAUCUGCAAUCUCAAGCCACCAGAACCAACUUUGCCACCUAAAAGGGACGAUCCGUGCAACCCAUCACCGUGUGGUGCUAAUGCCCAAUGCAACGGUGGUAAAUGCACAUGCAUAGCUGAAUACCAAGGUGAUCCAAAUGUCGGCUGUCGCCCGGAAUGUGUUCUCAAUACAGACUGUCCACAUAAUCGUGCUUGCAUACGAAAUAAGUGCAUUGAUCCCUGCCCUGGUACUUGCGGAAUAAAUGCGAUUUGCGAGGUGAACAAUCAUGUGCCUAUUUGUCGCUGUCCAGAUCAAAUGUCAGGCAAUGCAUUCUUUGAGUGCCGCCCUGUGCCAGCACCAGCGCCACAGAAUCCCUGCCAACCUUCACCAUGUGGACCCAACAGCCAGUGCCGUGUGGUGCAACAGACCGCUGUCUGCUCUUGCCUGGUCGACUAUGUCGGCAGUCCGCCACAAUGUCGACCAGAAUGUGUUACCAACUCGGAUUGCGCGGCCAAUCAAGCUUGCCAAAAUAUGAAGUGUCGUGAUCCCUGUCCCGGCACCUGCGGCUUUAAUGCUCUAUGCAAUAUGGUAAAUCACAGCCCCUUCUGCAGUUGCCCCACGGGUAUGUCGGGCAAUCCUUUUGUGCGAUGUGAACAGAUUAGUAAGCCACUUCUAAAUGUAAGCAACUUGCCAGAGAUACAACAACAACUCUUUACAGUAGUUCCGCAACGUGAUGUUACGCCACAAAAUCCGUGUCAACCGUCGCCCUGUGGCCCCAACUCUGAAUGCCGUGUCUCAGGUGAUUCGCCAUCUUGCUCUUGCCUGCCCGAAUUUUCGGGUGCUCCACCAAAUUGCCGACCAGAAUGCAUAUCCAACUCGGAGUGCGCCACCAACCAAGCUUGCGUCAAUCAGAAAUGCGUAGACCCUUGUCCAGGACUUUGUGGUCUUAACGCGAAUUGUCGUGUUUUCAGCCAUACGGCCAUGUGCCUUUGUGAUAGAGGGUUCACAGGUGAUCCAUUUGCCCAGUGCAAUGCCAUUAUUGAAGCAACAGUCGAGCAGAUACAGCCCUGCAAUCCGAGUCCUUGCGGCGUCAAUGCAAAGUGUGAGGAACGUGGUGGUGCUGGCUCUUGUCAGUGUCUACCUGAACACUUUGGCAAUCCCUACGAGGGCUGCCGACCAGAGUGUGUGCUCAACUCAGACUGUCCAUCAAAUAGAGUUUGUCAGCAACAAAAGUGCCGUGAUCCCUGCCCAGGCACAUGUGGCCAGAAUGCCGAGUGCCAAGUUAUUAACCACUUGGCCACCUGUAAUUGUCUAAACGGGUAUACUGGCGAUCCCUAUAGUUUCUGCCGUAUUGUAGAAAACGAACCACCCGAACCUGUCUAUGUGAAUCCCUGUCAACCAUCACCCUGCGGUCCCAAUUCGCGUUGCCGCGAAGUCAACACGCAAGCGGUCUGCUCCUGUCUAACGGAAUUUGUUGGCAGCCCACCCGCCUGUCGUCCUGAAUGCACUAGUAGCUCCGAAUGCGCAGCUGAUAAGGCUUGUGUUAAUCGCAAAUGCGUUGACCCGUGCCCUAAUGUCUGUGGCCAACAGGCUGAGUGCCGUGUUCGAAACCACAGUCCCAUCUGCACAUGCCUAAAUGGAUUUACAGGCGACGCCUUUACUCGUUGCUAUAAAAUGCCGCCUCCAUCUGUUGUGGCAAUUGAACGUGAGCCUCUUGAUCCUUGUGUCCCCUCGCCUUGUGGUGCUAACUCCCAAUGUCGUGACAUAUAUGGAACACCAUCGUGUUCCUGCCUGCCCAAUUAUCUGGGCACGCCACCUAGCUGCCGACCCGAGUGUUCCAUCAAUGCUGAAUGUCCGAGUCAUCAGGCAUGCAUCAAUCAAAAGUGUCGCGAUCCUUGCCCCGGCUCCUGCGGGCUUAACACACAGUGCAAUGUAAUCAACCACACUCCAAUUUGUAGUUGUUUAGUGGGUUAUACCGGUGAUCCAUUUAUUGUUUGCAAUCCAGAGCCGCCUCAGAAAAUUGAAGUCCCACCUGCACCUCAAGACCCAUGCAAUCCCUCACCAUGUGGUGCUAAUGCCCAGUGUCAUAACGGUCAAUGCACCUGCAUAUCUGAAUACCACGGAGAUCCUUUUGUCAGCUGUCGUCCGGAAUGUGUUCUCCACGCGGAUUGUGCCCGCAAUCUCGCUUGUGUGCGUCAUAAGUGUGUUGAUCCUUGUCCCGGCACUUGUGCGUCUACUGCCAUUUGCGAAGUGCUCAACCACAUACCCAACUGCCGCUGUCCCGAUGGCAUGGAAGGCAAUGCUUUUGUAGCGUGCAACCCCGUGAAACAACUCGACGUCGUGCAGAACCCAUGUCAGCCAUCACCUUGUGGACCAAAUUCUCAGUGUCGAGUGAUAAAUCAACAAGCCAUCUGCUCUUGCAUUACGCCUUUCAUCGGCAGUCCACCAUUCUGUCGACCCGAAUGCACAUCGAAUUCAGAAUGCCCCUUAAAUUUGGCGUGUCUCAAUCAAAAGUGCAGUGAUCCAUGUCCUGGUGUUUGCGGCCGCAAUGCCCAAUGCCAUGUGACGAACCACAGUCCAUUCUGUCGUUGCGUGGAUCACUAUACUGGCAAUCCGUUUGUUAGCUGUCAACCGAUUAUCGAACCCCCAGCGCCGCCACCGCGACAAGCCUGCCAACCUUCACCCUGUGGACCUUACGCCGAAUGCCGCGAGAUAAACGAGACACCCUCAUGUACCUGCUUGCCCGACUACAGCGGCACACCGCCAAACUGCCGUCCAGAGUGUGUUACUAGUUCGGAGUGUCCAACACAUCAGGCUUGCAUAAAGCAGAAGUGUCGGGAUCCAUGUCCUGGCCUGUGUGGGCAAGCGGCUGUGUGCCGCGUGCUAUCACAUACUCCGAGCUGUUUUUGUCCUGACAACCUGGAGGGUGAUCCCUUCGUACAGUGUGUGGAGAAGAGAAUUCAGCAGUUGGAUCAGUUGGACCCGUGCAAUCCUAGUCCUUGUGGAAUAAAUGCUCGUUGCACAUCACGACAAGAUGCUGGCUCAUGUCAGUGUCUUGAAGGAUUUUUCGGCAAUCCUUACGAAGGAUGCCGACCUGAAUGUGUGCUCGACUCCGAUUGUCCGUCGAACCUUGCCUGCCAACAACAGAAGUGUCAAGAUCCCUGCCCCGGUACUUGUGGCCCCAGUGCAGUGUGCAAUGUGCUCAAUCAUGUGCCCAGCUGCAGUUGUUUAACUGGCUACAGUGGUGACCCAUAUCGCCUGUGCCAACAGGAUCGUCAACCUAUCAAGCAGUAUGUGAAUCCCUGCCAGCCCUCACCCUGCGGCCCCAACUCCCAGUGCCGGGAGAGCAAUGAGCAGGCUGUUUGCUCUUGCCUGCCCGAGUAUGUGGGUGCACCGCCAGCCUGCCGACCCGAAUGCACCAUAUCAUCGGAGUGCGCGGUGGACAAGGCGUGUGUAGGCAAGAAGUGUGUAGAUCCCUGUCCAGGUACUUGUGGCGAGAAUGCCCUAUGCCGUGUGGUCAACCAUAGUCCUAUUUGUUCGUGUCGCAAUGGUUAUACUGGCGAUGCCUUCUAUCGCUGUUUACCUAUACCUCCCGCGCCGCCCACAGCAGUUGUGCAACAGCAACCGAUUGAUCCUUGUGUACCUUCACCUUGCGGUCCGUACUCCGAGUGUCGUCCACAUGGCGAGGCCCCAUCGUGCUCUUGUUUGAAUGGUUAUCUAGGCGUGCCACCCAACUGCCGCCCCGAGUGUCGUAUUAACUCAGACUGUCCCAGCAGUCAGGCCUGCAUAAAUGAAAAAUGUCAGGAUCCCUGCCCUGGUUCCUGCGGCUUUGGUGCCAUUUGCAGUGUCAUCAAUCACACACCAAGCUGCACAUGCCCAGCAGGUUAUACCGGCGAUCCAUUCAGCCAUUGUCAGCCGGAACCACCACCAAAACCUGUGGAAGCCGACGAUCCUUGCAAUCCCUCACCGUGUGGUCCCAAUGCCAUAUGUAAUGCUGGGACGUGUACCUGUCUGCCUGAGUAUCAAGGUGAUCCCUACAGCGGUUGUCGUCCUGAAUGCCUGACUAGCUUGGACUGUCCGCGAGAUCGCGCUUGCGCUCGGCACAAGUGUUUCGAUCCCUGCCCAGGCACAUGUGCACCCAACGCCUUAUGUACCGUGAUUAAUCACAUACCGAUGUGUACAUGCCCCGAAGGCUAUGCAGGCAACGCAUUCCUUCAGUGUCAGCCUAUAACACCAGCUGCCGUCGUACAGCCCUGCCAGCCUUCGCCAUGCGGACCGAAUUCGCAAUGUCGAGAGGCCAAUAAACAGGCCGUCUGUUCCUGUGUGCCUGGAUAUGUAGGCACACCACCAUUAUGUCGGCCUGAGUGCACUAGCAACUCGGAGUGUUCUGCUCAGCUUGCCUGUGUGAAUCAAAAGUGUGUCGAUCCAUGCCCCGGCGCCUGUGGUCGCAGUGCGACAUGCAGUGUAGUCAAUCACAAUCCGUUCUGCACCUGCUUGCCACACUAUACAGGUAAUCCAUUUUUGGGCUGCCAGGUAAUUAUCGAGCCACCACAGCGUGACACUGUGCCCGAAGAUCCUUGUCGUCCAUCACCUUGUGGAGCCAACGCUGAGUGCCGCGCCAUUGGGGAGACACCAUCCUGUUCGUGUCUUGCAGAGUUUGUGGGGUCGCCACCUUACUGCAAACCGGAAUGUGUCGUGAAUUCCGAGUGUCCUAGUAAUCGGGCGUGUAUUAAUCAAAAGUGUCGCGAUCCUUGUCCGGGCCUUUGUGGCGCCAACGCUAUUUGUCGCGUUGUCUCACAUACAGCUAUGUGUGUUUGUGACGCUGGACUGACGGGCGAUCCCUUUACACAGUGCCAGCCAAUUGAAAAGGAUGUGGAGAUUAUUAAUCCUUGCCAACCAUCGCCAUGCGGUGCCAAUGCCGAGUGCAUACAGCGCAAUGGUGCCGGAGCAUGUCAAUGCCUGCCCGAUUACUUCGGUAACCCCUAUGAGGGUUGCCGCCCGGAAUGUAUUCUUAAUUCGGACUGCCCAUCGAAUCUUGCCUGUCAGCAGCAAAAGUGUCGCGAUCCCUGUCCAGGUAGCUGUGGACAGAAUGCCGAAUGCAAUGUCGUCAAUCAUACGCCGAUGUGUUCCUGCGUCGCGGGAUAUGUUGGAGAUCCAUAUCGCUACUGUAACCAGCCUGCAGCACCACUUGUUCACGAGUAUGUUAAUCCAUGUCUGCCCUCGCCUUGUGGCUCGAAUGCCCAAUGUCGAGAGGUGCAGGGUCAAGCGGUUUGCUCCUGUCUUCCCGAAUUUAAGGGAGCGCCACCCAAUUGUCGACCCGAGUGUACCUCGAACGCUGAGUGCCCAGCCAACAGGGCAUGUAUCAAUCGCAAGUGCGUCGAUCCAUGCCCGGGUGUCUGCGGCCAUCAAGCGACUUGUCAGGUGCACAAUCACAGUCCCGUUUGCAUAUGUCCUGCAGGCCUGAUGGGCGAUCCUUUCGUACGCUGCCUACCUCGACCAACACCUCCACCACCGCCGCUUCGAGAUGUGGCGCCCUAUAGGGAUCCCUGCGAACCCUCACCUUGUGGCCUGUACGCUACAUGUCGUAGUUACCAUGAACAGGCGAUUUGUUCCUGCCAGACCAAUUAUUUAGGCACACCGCCGCAUUGUCGACCUGAGUGUACCAUCAAUGCUGAUUGCGCCAGUCACCUGGCUUGCAUUGGCGAACGGUGUCUUGAUCCCUGCCCUGGAGCCUGCGGUCAGUACACUGAGUGUCGUGUGAUCAAUCAUACGCCUAGCUGUGUUUGCCUGCACGGCUACGUUGGGGAUGCCUUUGUGGCUUGCCAGCCUGCACCACCGCCACGAGCCUAUGAAGAACCCAGAGAUCCUUGCAAUCCCAGUCCCUGUGGCAGCAAUGCAGUCUGCUCGGGAGAAGGCCAGUGCAUGUGCAUUGCCGAAUAUCAGGGCGACCCUUACAUCGCUUGUCGUCCAGAAUGCGUCCUCAACUCUGAAUGCCCUCGCAAUCACGCUUGUGUACAGCAAAAAUGUGUUGAUCCCUGCCCGGGCACAUGUGGCGUCGGGGCCACUUGCGAGGUUUUCAAUCACAUUGCCAUGUGCCACUGUCCUGUGGGCAUGACUGGCAAUGCAUUUAUUCAAUGCAGUGCCCUACAAAUGACCGUCUAUCAGAAUCCCUGCCAACCAUCACCGUGUGGUGCAAACGCUGAAUGCCGAGAAAGGCAAGGUCAGGCCAUCUGCAGCUGUCUACAAAAUUAUUAUGGCGUACCACCAUCUUGUCGACCCGAGUGCACCACCAAUUAUGACUGUGCCCCCAGUCGUGCUUGCCAGAAUCAACAUUGCGUUGAUCCCUGUCCAGGCGCUUGUGGGGCUUACGCCGAAUGCAGGGUGGUCAGUCACAGUCCCUUCUGUAGCUGUCAGCCUGGCUAUACGGGUAAUCCGUUUGUGCAGUGCCACAUAAUUAUCGAACCACUGCGGGAUAUUGUGACCCGGGAUCCAUGCCAACCGUCCCCUUGCGGUCCUAAUAGUGAGUGCCAACGUAAUGGGGAUAUACCAUCCUGUUCGUGUCUUGAGAGCUUCUUUGGAACUCCACCAAACUGCCGACCCGAGUGCUUGUCUAACUCUGAUUGUGCUUCAUCCCGGGUUUGCAGAAAUAAUCGUUGCACGGAUCCUUGUCCAGGCCUUUGCGGCGUCGGUGCUGUAUGCCAUGUGCUUAGUCACAGCGCUAUGUGCUACUGUCAACAAGGUUAUAGCGGUAAUCCUUUCGUUCUCUGCUUACCAAUUCAACAUGAGCCACCUGAGAUGAUACAGCCUUGCAAUCCCAAUCCCUGCGGCACUUUUGCCGAGUGUCAUCAACGAAAUGGCAUUGGCUCUUGCCAAUGUCUACCCGAGUACUAUGGCAAUCCCUAUGAAGGCUGCCGCCCCGAAUGUGUGCUUGAUUCAGACUGUCCAUCUAAUAGAGCCUGUGUUAAUCAAAAGUGCCGUGAUCCUUGCCCUGGCAGCUGUGGCCACAAUGCCGAGUGUUAUGUGAGAAAUCACUUGCCAACUUGCAAUUGCCUUAGCAACUAUGUGGGUGACCCCUAUCGCUACUGCACUCUUGAAGAGAAACCCAUUCGCGAGUAUGUUAAUCCCUGCCAUCCCUCACCCUGCGGUCCCAAUAGUCAGUGCAAAGAGGUUAAUGAACAGGCUGUUUGCUCAUGUUUGCCCGACUACGUAGGCACUCCUCCUGGUUGUCGUCCUGAGUGUACACUGUCAUCAGAAUGUAACUUCGACAUGGCCUGCGUACAGCACAAAUGUUCUGAUCCUUGUCCUGGCGCUUGCGGCAGCAAUGCGCUAUGUCAUGCCACAAAUCAUGCUCCGAUGUGCGCCUGCCAGUCAGGAUAUACCGGAGAUCCGUUCACGCGAUGCUAUCCCGUACCUCCACCACCCACCCAGCUGCUACAUGAACCUGUGCGUGAUCCCUGUCAGCCGUCCCCAUGUGGAGCUAAUGCUCAAUGUCGUCAGUUAAAUGGUCAGGCCAUAUGUAGCUGCCUGUCUGGCUAUUUUGGGGUACCGCCGAGUUGCCGACCCGAAUGCUCACAGAGUGCCGAAUGUCUACCCAGUCUGGCAUGCAUAAACCAGCGCUGCGUUGAUCCGUGCUCUGGUUCCUGUGCCUACAAUGCGAUCUGCACUGUGCGCAACCACGUGCCCAGCUGUCAAUGUCCCGUCAGUUAUGUAGGGCAUCCAUUUACAUCCUGCCAUCCUGAACCACCCAAGCCCAUUGUGACCGACGAUCCCUGCAAUCCCUCACCAUGUGGAUUCAAUGCCCAGUGUAAAAAUGGUGUUUGCACGUGUAUAGCCGAAUACCAAGGUGACCCCUAUGUGGGUUGCCGUCCAGAAUGCGUACUUAACGCCGACUGCCCUCGUGAUCGUGCGUGUGUCCGCAAUAAGUGCAUCAAUCCCUGUCCAGGAACCUGUGCUCCUAACGCCAUAUGUGAUGUACUUAAUCAUAUUGCCAUGUGCCGUUGUCCAACAGCCAUGACAGGCAAUGCGUUCAUCCAGUGUGAAACACCGCCAAAACAAUUCCUGCCACCGAAAAAUCCUUGUGCACCUUCACCAUGUGGACCUAACAGUCGUUGUCGUGAGCUCAAUGGUAACGCCGUUUGUUCCUGCAUUGAAGAUUAUGUGGGGAGCCCACCUAGCUGUCGUCCAGAAUGUACACGCAACUCGGAUUGCUUGCCUAGUCUAGCAUGCCAGCAGCAAAAAUGCAUCGAUCCCUGCCCAGGCACUUGUGGAUACAAUGCACUCUGCCAUGUAGUCAACCAUGCACCCAUAUGUAGUUGUCCACCACUGCACAUUGGCAAUCCUUUCCUUGGCUGUUUGCCAACACCACCACAGAGAGAUGUCAUUCCUGUAAAGCACGCUUGUCAGCCCUCGCCAUGUGGACCCUACGCCGAAUGUCGGGCUGUGAGUGACCAAGCUCAAUGCAGCUGUCUAACCACUUACAUUGGAGCACCGCCUAACUGUCGACCGGAAUGCGUCACUAACUCGGAAUGCACAUUCGAUAAAGCGUGUGUUAAUCAAAAAUGUGUGGACCCCUGCGCGGGUGCUUGUGCAGUCAAUGCCGUUUGUCAUGUGCUUAGCCAUGUGGCCAUGUGCUAUUGUGCUCCUGGUUAUACAGGCGAUCCUUUCACCAACUGCCACCAAACUCCUAUUACUCAAAAAGAGGAAAGCACACAGCCCUGUUAUCCAAAUCCCUGUGGUGCCAAUGCGCAAUGCCGUCAGGAGGGCAAUGCAGGCACCUGUCAAUGCCUACCCGACUACCAUGGCAAUCCAUAUGAAGCUUGUCGACCUGAGUGCGUCUCCAAUAGCGACUGUCCGUUAGACAAAUCAUGUCAACAGUUGAAAUGUCGCGAUCCUUGCCCGGGUGUGUGCGGUCUAAAUGCUGCUUGUCAGGUUCUUAACCACCUACCCACAUGCCAUUGCCUAAAGUCUUUCGUUGGUGAUCCCUAUCGAUACUGUCAGCUCCCCGAGAAACCCAUUGUGAAAGAGUAUGCAAAUCCCUGUCAGCCCUCACCCUGUGGUCCAAACUCCCAGUGCCUCGAGAAGAACGACCAAGCUGUCUGCUCAUGUUUGCCGGAUUAUGUGGGCACACCGCCCAACUGCCGACCUGAAUGUGUGACCAGUGGCGAGUGUGUUUCAGAUAAGGCCUGCAUUAAUCAAAAGUGUCGGGAUCCAUGUCCUGGCGUCUGUGGUACCAAUGCCGACUGUCGUGUCUACCACCAUGCGCCUAUUUGCAGCUGCCGUCCAAACUUCCAAGGGGAUGCUUUCACGCGCUGCUACCCUGCACCACGUAAGAGCUACCAUGUGGUCGAUAUAAGCUCCAAAUCAUAUUUUCUUACCCUGCUUACAGCCCCAUCCAUUGUCCAGUUGAAUACAUAUACGAAUCCUUGUGUUCCUUCGCCAUGUGGUCAAUAUGCUGAGUGUCACGAUACUCAAGGCACUGCUGUUUGCAGUUGCUUGCCAAACUAUUUUGGCAGCCCACCUAACUGUCGACCCGAGUGUAGUAUCAAUGCUGACUGCCCCGCUCAUCUGACCUGUCAAAACCAGCGCUGCCGUGAUCCUUGUCCAGGCGCCUGUGGCUUCAAUGCUCAGUGCCUGGUCAUAAAUCAUAUCCCCGUUUGUCAGUGUGUACCGGGAUUGACUGGCAAUCCGUUCGUUUCGUGUCAAGCCCCACCAACAGUACCCCGACCACCUGUGAUAAAUGACGAUCCAUGCCUCCAUGUAAGGUGUGGUCCCAAUAGUGUUUGCAGCCAGGGACAGUGCAGCUGUCUACCCGAAUUCCAUGGAAACCCAUCGGUUGGCUGUCGUCCGGAAUGCAUAUUGAGCACGGAGUGUGCCCAGAAUCUCGCCUGCGUGCGCCAAAAAUGCAUUGAUCCCUGCCCGGGCACAUGCGGCUCGAACGCAAUAUGUGAGGUUCACAAUCAUGUGGCCUUGUGCCACUGCCCAGCUGAAAUGACGGGCAAUGCUUUUGUACAAUGCUUGCCAUUGCCUCCGCCGCCUCCACGUGUUGUUUCCGAUCCCUGUCAACAAUCACCUUGCGGACCCAAUGCACAGUGUCGAAAUAUUAAUGGACAAGCUGUCUGCUCCUGCCUGCCACAAUUUGUGGGUGUGCCACCAUCAUGUCGUCCGGAAUGUAUUAGCAAUGAAGAGUGUCCACUACACUUGGCUUGUCUGCAGCAGCGUUGCAACGAUCCUUGUCCGGGUGCCUGCGGUCAAAACGCUGAAUGCCGAGUUCUUAAUCACAGCCCGAACUGUCGUUGCAUCAGCUCCUACACUGGGAAUCCGUUCAUAGUAUGCCAUCCACAGCCGCCGCCGCCUCUAACACACGAUGUGGUUGAUCCCUGCAAGCCCUCGCCUUGUGGACCGAAUUCCGAAUGCCGCAACGUUGGAAACAAUGCUCAAUGCAGCUGCCUUGUUGGUUUCAUGGGAAUACCGCCCAACUGUCGGCCUGAAUGCGUUAGCAACGCUGACUGCCCUACAAAUCUGGCAUGCUUUAACCAAAAAUGCCGUGAUCCUUGUCCGGGCGUAUGUGGCAACAAUGCCGAAUGCUACGUCAUCAAUCAUACGCCCAUGUGCGUCUGCUUCAAAGGCUAUACUGGCAAUCCCUUCAUUAAUUGCGAUGUACAGCGUGAUAUUAUUGAAUCACCUACGCCCUGUGUACCAAGUCCUUGUGGCUCAAAUGCGAUCUGUAGCGAGUUGAAUGGCGCUGGCGCCUGUGAAUGCUUGCCUGAAUUCUUUGGCAAUCCCUACGACGGCUGCCGACCAGAAUGUAUUUUGAAUUCGGAUUGCCCAAGCAAUUUGGCCUGUGUCAAUCAGCAUUGCCGCGAUCCAUGCGCGGGUAUCUGCGGUCCCAAUGCCAUAUGCCAUGUGCGCCAUCAUCUGCCGCAUUGCAAUUGCCUUAAUGGCUAUGAGGGUAAUCCCUAUAGCUACUGCAAUGUCAUCCCCGAACGUAAGCAACUCAAAUAUGGCAUAUCUUUCACUCAUCGUAUUUACCCGACGUUUUUACUAAUAGCCCUGCAUGAACCUGCUCCGCUGCAUCCCUGCCAGCCCUCACCCUGCGGAUCUAACUCCCAAUGCCAUGAAGCAAAUCAGCAGGCGGUUUGCAGUUGCCUGCCAGACUUUAUAGGUACUCCACCAGCUUGUCGACCCGAAUGUACCAUCUCCAGCGAGUGCACCCUUGACAAAGCCUGCAAAAAUCACCACUGUGUUGAUCCCUGUCCAGGAGUCUGUGGCCCCAAUGCCGCGUGUCAUCCGAUUAACCAUAGUCCCCACUGCAGCUGCUUGCCAGGUUUUACGGGUGAUGCCUUCAGUGGUUGUCGAACAAUAACACACGCCAUUAACUACGACAAUCCAAAGGAUACAAUCCAUGAUCCUUGUGUGCCGUCACCCUGCGGCACUUUUGGACAGUGUCAUGCUCAAAGCGGUCAAGCCGUGUGUCGCUGUCUGUCCGGUUACUAUGGUGCUCCGCCCAACUGUCAACCAGAGUGUAUAAUAAACUCCGAUUGCGCUUCUCACUUGGCCUGCAUAGGUGAAAAGUGUCGCGAUCCCUGUCCUGGCUCCUGUGGUAUUUCAGCACGAUGUAACGCCAUCAAUCAUACGCCCAUUUGCAGCUGUCCCGUAGGCUAUGAAGGCAAUCCUUUCGUUAGCUGCGCACCAAUACCACCAUCAAAUGACCCACCGCCACGUGAUGCCUGCAACCCCUCGCCAUGCGGCUCAAAUGCUAUUUGCAACAAUGGGCAAUGCUCUUGUAUUGCUGAAUUCCAUGGCAAUCCCUACAUUGGCUGCCGACCCGAAUGUGUGCUUAACACGGAUUGCGCACGUGACAAGGCUUGCCAGCGCAGUAAAUGUGUAGAUCCCUGUCCGGGCGCCUGUGGCGUAGGCGCUAUUUGCCAGGUGCGCAACCAUGUGCCCAUGUGCCACUGUCCCCCGGGCACAUCCGGCAAUGCAUUUGUACAGUGUGCUUUAGUACAACGUAGGUUUUGUUGUAGUACCUCAAAAUUGUUAAAACUUAAUUGUGUACCCAAUAAUUUAGCUGAUCCCAUCGUGCCCGUCAACCCAUGCCGCCCAACACCCUGUGGAAGCAAUGCUCAAUGCCUUGUGGCAAAUGAGCAGGCAGUGUGUUCCUGCCUGGCCGGCUUCUUUGGCACACCACCGCUUUGUCGACCAGAAUGCAGCAUCAACUCGGACUGUGCGCCUCAUUUGGCCUGCCAGAAUCAGCACUGCCGCGAUCCCUGCCCUGGUGCCUGUGGCCAACACUCGCUCUGUCAGGUUAUACGUCACACGCCACAUUGCAGCUGCCCGCCCGGCUACACGGGAAAUGCAUAUGCGUUGUGCCAACGUCUACCACCGCCCCAAAUUUUGCAAAGUGAUCCAGUCAAUCCCUGCCAGCCUUCACCGUGCGGUGCAAAUGCACAGUGCACUUCCACACCAGAUGGCAGCCAAGCGCAGUGCAAGUGCCUGGAGCACUAUAUUGGAACCCCGCCAAAUUGCCGGCCUGAAUGUAUUACUUCAUCGGAAUGCUCCAACCAAUUGGCCUGUAUUGGACAAAAGUGUCGCGAUCCCUGUCCUGGUGUAUGCGGCCAGGCCGCCAUCUGCCAGGUGAUCAGUCAUGUGCCAUCCUGCGUUUGCAUAGCUGAUUAUAUUGGAGAUCCAUUUACCAAGUGUUAUCCGCGCCCGACACUCGAGCGGGAUCAAAUUAAUCCAUGUGUACCUAGUCCCUGCGGCAGCAAUGCCGUCUGCAGGCAACAGGGUAGAGUUGGUUCCUGCCAGUGCUUGCCCAACUACUAUGGCAAUCCUUAUGAAGGCUGCCGACCCGAAUGUGUCCUUAACUCCGACUGCUCGAGCCAUUUGGCGUGCCUUAAUCAACAUUGCCGUGAUCCCUGUCCUGGCAGCUGUGCACCUAACGCCCAAUGCCAAGUCGUCAACCAUGUUCCUAUAUGCAGCUGCUAUCCCGGCCACAUUGGUGAUCCCUAUCGCCAUUGCCGGCUGCACCAGUCAGAACCCAUUAAAGUGGUUUACGUCAACCCCUGUGAACCCUCGCCCUGCGGUCCUAAUGCUCAGUGUACGGAAUCUCAUAAUCAAGCAAUUUGCAGUUGCUUGCCCGAUUACUUUGGUACACCACCCGCCUGUCGACCCGAAUGUACUACAAAUUCUGAGUGUCCUACAAAUAAGGCAUGUGUCAAUCAGAAAUGUCAAGAUCCCUGUCCUGGUAGAUGUGGAUACAAUGCCAUCUGCCAAACACUACAUCACCGAGUUUAUUGCUCUUGCAUCCCCGGCCACACUGGCGAUGCAUUGGUGCGUUGUCGACCCAUACCUCAGCCCGUUGUGGCACGCGAACCAUAUCGUAAUCCGUGCGUUCCCACACCCUGCGGACAAUACGCGCAAUGCCGUGUGGUCAAUGACCAAGCGAUCUGCAGCUGUCUGUCUGAGUAUUAUGGCACGCCACCACACUGUCAACCCGAAUGUAUACUCAACUCCGAUUGCCCCGCUCAUCGUUCGUGCAUUAAUGAAAAGUGCCGAGAUCCGUGUCCGGGCGCUUGUGGGCUAUACGCUCAAUGCAGUGUUUUAAAUCACGUGCCCAGCUGUACAUGUCCCAGCGGGUAUAUUGGCGAUCCAUUCUAUCGCUGUUAUCCAGCACCGCCUGUUCCCGCUCCAAUUGCCGAAGAUCCCUGCCAGCCAUCGCCCUGUGGUGCUAAUGCCCAGUGUGCGGACGGCAUUUGCAGCUGUUUGCCACUAUACACGGGUGAUCCGUACGUGGGUUGUCGGCCCGAAUGUGUGUUAAGCACAGAGUGCGCCUUAGACAGAUCAUGCGUGCGCAAUCGCUGCAUUGAUCCCUGUCCUGGCACAUGUGGAUAUAGCGCCAUAUGUGAAGUGCACAACCAUGUGGCCAUGUGUCAUUGCCCCGGCGGUCUGCAGGGCAAUCCAUUCGUUUUGUGCCAAACACCGCCAUUGCAGACAUUGCCAGCACCGCCAGUGCAACCCUGCCAGCCAUCGCCUUGUGGUGCGAACGCGCUUUGUCGCUCAGUUGGAGAUCAAGCGAUUUGCAGUUGUUUGCCAGGCUAUUAUGGCAGUCCACCAACCUGUCGCCCCGAGUGCACCACCAACCAAGAAUGUCCUCUGAGCCUGGCAUGCAUGAAUCAAAACUGUCGCGAUCCGUGUCCGGGAGUCUGCGGCCAUCAGGCUGAGUGUCAUGUGAUAAACCACCGACCUCAAUGUGUUUGCCCCACAAGCUACACAGGCAGUCCAUACACACAAUGCCAGCCUAUUAGACCAGCUCCGGUUGUAGUCCAACGUGAACCACUUGAUCCUUGCAUCCCCUCGCCUUGCGGCCCUCACUCCGAGUGCAGCAGUGAUCAAAGUGUAGCAACUUGUCGUUGCCAACCAGAGCAUGUAGGCGUGCCUCCUUAUUGCCGUCCCGAAUGCAUUUCCAACAGCGACUGUCCCAGCGAUCGUGCAUGUAUUAAUCGGAAGUGUCAGGAUCCUUGCCCUGGUCUGUGCGGCUUCAAUGCCAUAUGCCGCACCAGCAACCACCAGCCAAUUUGUGUGUGUGCACCAGGUUUACUUGGUAAUCCGUUUACUGCCUGUCAAUUACCGCCCCCACCCACGCCGACUCCUACAACGACUGUUAUAAAAACACCGCAAUAUGAGCAGACUGCGGUUAAUCCUUGUGAGCCCAAUCCUUGCGGCGCCAAUGCGCUCUGCAGUCAGCAUCACGGCAUUGGCUCUUGUAUCUGUUUGCCUGAUUAUUAUGGCAAUCCUUAUGAAGCCUGCCGUCCAGAAUGUGUACUCAACAGCGAUUGUCCCUCGCACAGAGCUUGUGUGCAACAGAAAUGCCGUGAUCCUUGCCCUGGCACAUGUGGUUUAAAUGCAGAGUGUACUGUAGUCGACCACCUGCCCCAAUGCAGCUGCUUCAGCGGCUACACUGGCAACCCAUUGAAACACUGCGCCCCUUUGCCGGCGAUACAGCAAUGUAAGCGAAACAUGCCAAACAAUUCCUAUAUCAUGUGUCAAAAUUUCAUAAUUUGUUCUAACCUUUUAGCUCCUGUUAAUCAAAUAAAUUCUUGCGAGCCGUCCCCUUGUGGUCCUAAUGCACAGUGUCUUGAAAGCAAUAAGCAAGCUAUUUGCUCUUGUCUCCCUGACUUUUAUGGUAGCCCACCUUAUUGCCGACCCGAGUGUACCUUAAACUCUGAGUGCGCCUUCGAUAGGGCUUGUGUGCAGUACAAGUGUACCGAUCCAUGUUUAGGAGCCUGUGGUCUUAAUGCCGAAUGCCGAGUACAUUACCAUAGCCCCAUUUGCUUCUGCAAGCCAACGCACACUGGAAAUCCAUUUACUCGCUGUUAUGAGAGUCAAAGACGUAAGAUCCAAUGUGAUACAGCUGUCAACUGCAACAGUCCAUUUUAUAAUCAUCUUUCAGAAAAUGUAGCUCCCCCAAUAGUGAGACCUUUAAUUUAUGAUACACCAGCACCACCCUAUCCAAUUGUUAUACCCGGUGUGGUUUAUAUUUUCUCUGGGCCACAGCCGGUAACCCCAUCGUACCCAGCUACAACAUAUACCACAAAUUCCCAAGUGCCAACAACAUACGAAUCGAAACCGGGUAUCAUUAAUAUACCGUCACUAACACCGCAAGCCACCCAUAAACCAGGAAUAGAGAAUACUCCUUCGUUCCCACAACCGGUGCCACCAGCUUCCCAACAUCCUAUAUUCGUUCCAUCACCUUCGGUACCUUCAACACCUGCAACGCAACCAGGAUUAAUUAACAUUCCAUCAGUACCUCAACCUACAUAUCCGCCACCUCAACAAGCGAUACAUGAUAUAAGCCAUCCACCACAGCAGCCACAACCUCCCGAACCAGGAGUCAUUAAUAUUCCGUCAGCGCCUCAACCGAUUUAUCCGACAACACAGGGGCCCAUUAUUGUACAUUCAUCAAGUCCAACGUCUCCUGCACCACAGCCGGGAACUAUCAACAUACCAUCCAUACCACGGCCAACUUAUCCAUCAUCACAGCCUCCAGUCUACGAUGUGAACUACCCAACGUCACAACCCACGCAUAAGCCAGGAGUAGUGAAUAUUCCAUCGUUCCCACAACCGGUACCACCAGCUUCUCAGCCUCCCAUAUUCGUGCCCUCACCUUCAGUGCCUUCCACACCUGCAACGCGACCAGGAUUAAUUAACAUUCCAUCAGUACCUCAACCUACAUAUCCGCCACCUCAACAAGCGAUGCAUGAUAUAAGCCAUCCACCACAGCAGCCACAACCUCCCGAACCAGGAGUCAUUAAUAUUCCGUCAGCGGCUCAACCGAUUUAUCCGACAACACAGGGGCCCAUUAUUGUACAUUCAUCAAGUCCAACGUCUCCUGCACCACAGCCGGGAACUAUCAACAUAGCAUCCAUACCACGGCCAACUUAUCCAUCAUCACAGCCUCCAGUCUACGAUGUGAACUACCCAACGUCACAACCCACGCAAAAGCCAGGAGUAGUGAAUAUUCCAUCGUUCCCACAACCGGUGCCACCAGCUUCUCAGCCUCCCAUAUUCGUGCCCCCACCUUCAGUGCCUUCCACACCUGCAACGCAACCAGGAAUAAUUAACAUUCCAUCAGUACCUCAACCUACAUAUCCGCCACCUCAACAAGCGAUACAUGAUAUAAGCCAUCCACCACAGCAGCCACAACCUCCCGAACCAGGAGUCAUUAAUAUUCCGUCAGCGCCUCAACCGAUUUAUCCGACAACACAGGGGCCCAUUAUUGUACAUUCAUCAAGUCCAACGUCUCCUGCACCACAGCCGGGAACUAUCAAUAUACCAUCCAUACCACAACCAACUUAUCCAUCGCCUCAGCCACCAACCUACGAUGUAAACUACCCAACACCGCAACCGACUCAUAAGCCAGAAGUGAUCAAUAUUCCUUCUGUUCAACUACCGGCGACACCAACUCCACAGCCUCCUAUAUUUGAGCCAUCACCUCCAAUUUCAAGACCAGCACCAAAACCUGGGAUAAUAAAUAUACCUUCCCCGCCACAACCAUCACCGCCGAUUCCAGUUUUUGAUGUUACCUACCCAACACAACCUACGCAACCAGCAGUUCCUGGAGUUAUCAAUAUUCAUUCUGCACCUCAACCAGUCCCAACCCCUGAGCUAACGCAUCCAGCUAUAUACGAUGUAUACUAUCCACCGCCACCACAAAUACCUGGAGUUAUAAAUAUUCCAUCAUUACCACGGCCAAUUAUACCAACACCAACACCUCCUGCUCAUAAUCCGUCGCCUGCAACGUCAACUUCAACGCCUGCACCACAACCAACAGUUAUUUAUGUACCAUCUAUACCACAACCAACUUAUCCGACACCUCAGCUUCCAGUAUAUGAUAUAAACUACCCGCAUGAACAACCAGCUACAAUACCUAGUGCUGUGAAUAUUCCUUCAGUUUUACAGCCAGUCCCAUCAGUACCGCAGCCUCCUAUAUUCGUUCCAUCUCCUCCCGCAACUUCUGCACCUGCUCCUCAAGCAGCAGUAAUAAACAUUCCUUCAGUAGCUCAGCCUACGUAUCCAACAGUACUGCAGUAUGAUGUGAGCCAUCCAACCCCAGAAACGUCUCAGACGCCAGGAGCUGUGAACAUUCCUUCCAUCCCACAACCAGUACCACCAGUUCCUCAACCUCCUGUAUUCAUUCCAUCUGCAGUGUCUUUGACGCCUACACCACAACCGGGAGUUAUCAAUAUACCAUCUGUACCAACAUACCCAACAUCUCAACCUCCGAUCAACGUUAUUUCCUCAUCGGCUCAUCCCUCUCGAAAACCUGAAGUCUUAAAUAUUCCUUCAGAUCCACACCCAGUAAUUCCACCUCCACAGCCUCCUAUAUUCGUUCCAACUCCAGUGGGAGUUACUCCUAUAACUCCGCCGCAUGAUGUUAACUACCCAGUAAAACAACCAGAUUCCAUGCCAGAAAUCAUCAACAAUCCAUCACCUGCACAGCCAACACCUAACACCCCACGUCCGAUCAAUAAUAUUUUGACACCAAGUGCAGAGAUCAAUCCGUGCUAUCCCUCUCCAUGUGGCCCAUACUCGCAAUGCCACAAUCGUUUUGGAGUAGCCGCGUGUAUUUGUCUACCCAAUUACAUUGGAACUCCGCCAAAUUGCCGUCCAGAAUGCGUCGUACACUCCGACUGUCCUGCUCACUUGGCAUGCAUAAAUGAAAAAUGUCGCGAUCCUUGUCCAGGCUCUUGUGCCUACAACGCUCUAUGCCGAGUACACAACCAUGUGCCUAACUGUUUUUGCCCGGCUGGCUACACCGGCGAUCCCUUCGUUUCAUGCGAUCAGUCGCCGGUGCCGGCCAUUAUGGAACGCGAACCAACUGCAGCGAAGGAUCCUUGUUAUCCGUCACCUUGUGGAGCAAAUGCUUUAUGCAAUAAUGGCAUCUGCAGUUGUCUGGCCGAAUAUCAUGGAAAUCCUUAUGUGAGCUGUCGUCCGGAGUGCGUGCUGAAUACGGACUGUACCAAGGAUAAGGCGUGUAGGAGGCAAAAGUGCGAGGAUCCAUGCCCGGGCACUUGUGGCUUAAAUGCUGUGUGCAAUACAUACAAUCAUAUUCCCUCUUGCACAUGUCCACCUCAAAUGCACGGUGACGCCCUUGUGCGCUGUGACCCAAUGCCAGUACCGAAACCGGCAAUGACAACUCCUUCCUCAACUCCCAGUACACUUCCUGCCAUUAUACCACCACGCAUACCAAUCAAUCCCUGCCAGCCCUCGCCGUGCGGCCCCAAUGCACAAUGCCGCACAAAUCAGCAGCAAGCCAUUUGCUACUGUCUGCCUGGUUAUCAGGGCACACCACCCUCAUGCCGUCCGGAGUGUAGCAGUAACUCGGAUUGUGCUCUUGACAAGUACUGCUUGAACCUCAGAUGUCGAAAUCCGUGUCCAGGCGCUUGUGGCUUACGCGCUGUAUGCCACUCGCAGAACCACAGUCCCAUAUGCGUGUGUCCACCCCCGCUUACGGGUAAUCCCCUAGUAGCCUGUCAACCCAUAGGUAUGCCGCAAAACAUCAAAACCUUAGCAAUCUCUAAUGCAAUUUUUUCAGUUAUGCCACCAGCACCCACAAAAGACCCCGUCGAAGUGAAUCCCUGUCACCCAUCACCUUGCGGUCCCCACUCAAAGUGUGUGGCCACACCACAAGGCGCCGAGUGCAACUGUCUCGGAGAAUUCAUAGGCACACCACCGCAUUGCCGUCCCGAGUGUGUUAGCAGCGCUGAUUGUGCGAGAGACAAGACCUGCUAUAAUCACAAAUGCAUUGACCCUUGUCCCGGUAGCUGCGGUCAGCUGGCCUUGUGUCGCGUCAUAGCUCACAGCCCUAACUGCUACUGCCCCGAAGGUUAUAUGGGCGAUGCGUAUAUCAUGUGCGUGCGAUCCACGCCACCUCCAGCAACAGUUUUACCUAAACCCAUACCAUGUAAUCCGAAUCCUUGUGGUGUGAAUGCCAUUUGCCAGCCGCAAUAUACCCAAAGCGUCUGUCAAUGUCUGCCCGACUAUUAUGGCAAUCCCUACGAGAUUUGUCGACCCGAGUGCAUUCGCAAUUCGGACUGCACAAGCGAUCGAGCUUGUGUGAACGAGAUAUGUCGCGAUCCUUGUCACGGUGUCUGCGGCAUUAAUUCAUACUGUCAAGUUAUCAAUCAUGCGCCCAUAUGCGAAUGCCAACCAUAUCAUGUGGGCAAUCCCUAUCACAGCUGUCAUCUAAUGACGCAAGAACCCACGCCCCCUGUUUAUGUAAAUCCCUGUGAGCCAUCACCGUGCGGCGCCAAUUCACAGUGCCGAGAAUCGCAGGGUCAGGCAAUUUGCAGUUGCCUGCCACAGUUUAUAGGUACUCCGCCCGCCUGUCGUCCCGAGUGUGUUAUCAGUGCCGAAUGUAGCGCGGAUAAAGCCUGCAUCAAUCAGAAGUGUCAAGAUCCCUGCCCAGGCACAUGUGGUGUCAAUGCCCAAUGUCAUGUGCGCAACCAUAGUCCGCUUUGCUCCUGCCAAUCUGGUUACACAGGCGACGCCUUUAUCCGCUGCUUGCCGCUACCACCCAAACAGGCAGAGCCACCUACGCAGCCAGCCAUGCCGUGUGUGCCGUCACCAUGUGGACCCAAUUCCCAGUGUCGUGAAGUAAAUGGCGGCGCCAGUUGCAGUUGCCUGCCCAACUUUGUUGGUGCAGCACCCAACUGCCGGCCUGAGUGCACCAUUAAUGCAGAGUGCGGCAGCAGUUUGGCGUGUAUCAAUGAGAAAUGUCGCGAUCCUUGUCCAGGUGCCUGCGGCUUUGCAGCACAAUGUAAUGUAAUCAACCAUACGCCUAGUUGUUCUUGCCCCGCUGGCUACACUGGCGAUCCAUUUAGCAGCUGUCGGCUGUUGCCGCCCACACCGCCACCAACACCACCGAGUAUGCCCCCUCUAUUACAUAAGGUGUUGCGUUCUCCUAACCCUGACCCCAACUAUUUCACAGCGCCUGCCGAUCCCUGCAAUCCCUCACCAUGUGGAAGCAAUGCGCAGUGCCGCAGUGGCCAAUGCUCAUGCCUGCCGGAAUAUCAGGGCGAUCCCUACAUUGGAUGUCGUCCGGAAUGCGUGCUAAACUCCGAGUGUCCAAGAAAUCGCGCUUGUGUACGCAACAAAUGCAUUGAUCCCUGUCCCGGAACUUGUGCCCAGAACGCUCUUUGCGAUGCGAUUAAUCACAUUGCCAUGUGUCGCUGUCCUGAGCGCAUGACAGGCAACGCAUUUGUUGCCUGCACGGCUGUGCGCGACGAGCCCCCAAUUAAUCCGUGUCAACCAUCGCCAUGUGGAUCCAAUGCACAGUGUAUUGAGCGCAAUGGAAAUGCGAUUUGUUCCUGCAUCACUGGAUAUUUGGGUCAGCCGCCCAACUGCCGUUUAGAGUGCUACACCAGCUCAGACUGUUCCCAACAACACGCGUGCAUCAAUAACAAGUGUGUGGAUCCCUGCCCUGGACAAUGCGGCCUCAACGCUGUUUGUCAGGCUGUGCAGCAUCGUGCCCACUGCGAGUGCAUCGCUGGCUACACAGGCAACGCGUACAGCCUGUGCAAUCCCAUCGUUGUGGAGCGCAAACCGGAAACAGCCCGCGAUCCAUGCUACCCUUCGCCAUGUGGAUCAAAUGCGCAGUGCCACAACGAUAAUGGUCAGGCGCGUUGUAGUUGCCUGGAUGAAUUCCAGGGAAAGCCGCCCAACUGCCGACCUGAGUGUUCCUACAAUGAUGAGUGUGCAAAUAAUUUAGCCUGUAUCGGUCAGAAGUGUCGCGAUCCAUGCCCCGGUAGCUGUGGCCAAAAUGCGCAGUGCCAAGUUACCCUGCACACACCCAACUGUCAUUGUCCAGCGGGCAUGACGGGUGAUCCGUUCCGACUCUGCCAGCAAGUGCCCCAAACUUUGCCGAAACCAUUGCCUACACCAAAGAAUCCCUGCAAUCCAUCACCGUGUGGCAGUAACACCGAGUGCCGUUUGCGUGGCGAAAGCUUUGUCUGCGAGUGCAUUCAGGAGUAUAUUGGCAAUCCUUAUGAAGGCUGCCGUCCCGAAUGCGUUGGCAACUCUGAGUGCCCAGCCAAUCGCGCAUGCAUACGCAACAAGUGUGCCAAUCCCUGCCCGGGUACCUGCGGCCAAGAUGCGCUAUGCAAUGUCAACAACCAUAUACCCAUCUGUUCAUGCCCGGAAGGUUACACGGGUAAUGCCUUUAUGCAAUGCACGCGACAGGUGACACCCCUGCCGCCCUCGGAUCCAUGCUAUCCAUCGCCCUGUGGCCUCAACUCAGUGUGUCGUGUGCAGCGGGAUCAGGCUGUCUGCGAAUGUCUGCCCGGCUUCUUUGGCAAUCCAUUGGGUCAGGGCUGUCGACCAGAGUGCACACUCAGCUCAGACUGUGCCAAGGAUCGUGCGUGUGUGAACAACAAGUGCGUUGACGCCUGUGCAGGAGUUUGCGGCUACGGCGCCGUCUGCCAGACAAUCAAUCACAGUCCCAUUUGCUCUUGUCCUGACAACAUGGUUGGUAAUCCGUUCGUGCAAUGCGAAGCGCCACGUACCGUCGAUGUCGAUCCCUGCCAACCAUCACCCUGUCGCAGCAAUGGUAUCUGCCGCGUACAAAAUGGCGCUGCCACAUGCAGCUAUCCGGAGUGUGUUACUAACGAAGACUGCUCCCGGGAUCGCGCUUGCGUCAGUCAGAAAUGUCAUGACCCAUGUCUGCACGCCUGUGGCCUCAACGCUAUUUGUCGUGUUAUUAAUCACAAGUCCGUGUGCAGUUGUCCUCCAGAUUUCUAUGGCUCACCGUACGCGCAGUGCGUGCGCCAAGUGCCUCAACUGGAUCCACCAAGGCCAGAAUGCACCAGUGAUGGCGAAUGCAGCAACGACAAAGCAUGUAUCAAUCAGGUCUGCCGUAAUCCCUGCGAGCAAUCAAAUCUGUGCGCACAGCAAGCACGCUGCCAUGUGCAGCUUCAUCGUCCGCUCUGCGUGUGCAAUGAAGGCUACACUGGCAACGCCCUGCAACACUGUUACCUUCUAGGCUGUCGCUCCGAUAGUGAGUGCGCGCCAACCGAGGCAUGCAUUAAUGAGCAGUGUGUGGACCCGUGCACAUUUACCCAGUGCGGCACCGGAGCCAUCUGUCGCACCGACUUCAAUCAUCGUGCCCGCUGCCACUGCCCCGAUGGCUACCGCGGCAAUCCCCUACUGCGCUGCGAGCGACCCGAGUGUCGAAGCGAUGACGAGUGCACCUUCCGUUUGGCGUGCCGCAACGAGCGCUGUGAAGAUCCCUGCAAUUGCGGUAUUGGCGCUCAGUGCCGUGUAGAAAACCAUCGCGCCCAGUGCCGAUGCCCGGCCGGCUAUAGCGGCAAUCCAGCAGUAAGUUGUGAAUUGCUGCCCGUCAAGCCUGAAGGCUGCACUAUGGAUGCAGAAUGCCCCAGCAAAUUGGCAUGCUUCAAUGGAGAAUGCAAGAACCCUUGCGAUGUGACCCAUCCAUGUGGCGCCAAUGCCAUCUGUGAGGUUGUCGAUACACUGCCUUUGCGUACUAUGAUCUGUCGAUGUGAGCCUGGUUACGUUGGUGAUGCUGAUAUUGGAUGUCGCAAAGAACCGACACAUGACCAAGGAUGCGUAUCACAUGAUCAAUGCCAAAAUACAGAGGCCUGCCGCGCUGGCAACUGUGUCAAUCCUUGCCUGGAUGCAUCACCCUGUGCGCGCACCGCUCAAUGCUUAGCGCAACAGCAUCGCGCCAUCUGCAGCUGUCCACAGGGUACCCAAGGAGAUCCAUUCACCAACUGCUAUCAACCACCACAAAUUACAGCUGGUUGCGCCCACGACUCGGAAUGUACGCCCACAACGGCAUGCAUCAAUAAACGCUGCCAGGAUCCUUGUGCCGAGGCCAAUCCUUGCGCUGGCAAUGCCGAGUGUCGCGUGCAAAAUUCGCGACCUAUCUGCUACUGUCCCCCUGGAUGGGGUGGUGAUCCCCAAGUUCAAUGUUUCAAACCGGAGUGCAAGAUCAAUGCUGAUUGUCCCUAUGAUAAGGCUUGCCUUAAUGAAAACUGUGUCAAUCCGUGUACUCAUGGUCAGGUGCGUUGCGGCAGCGGUGCCGAAUGCCUACCACAGAAUCACCAGGCUGUCUGCCGCUGUCCCGCCGGCACGCAGGGCAGUCCCUUCAUCGCUUGCAUUACUGGACAUUGUCAGUACAACGAGGAUUGUGCCGAUAAUGAGGCCUGCGAUCGCCUAAAUCGCGUUUGCCGUCCAGUUUGCGAGCAGGACACCUGCGCUGUGAAUGCCCUUUGUGUGGGACGUCGUCAUCAGCCACAAUGCGAGUGCCGUGCAGGCUACCAAGGCAAUCCCUUCGUGCUGUGCCAGGAGCCCAAACGUGAUCCACAGCCGCAGUGUACCCAGGACGCCGACUGCCCAUCGAAAUUGGCAUGCAUUAAUCAGCGCUGCGAAAAUCCAUGCGCCACACCACAUGUCUGCAAUCCACAGCAAAGCUGUGCAGUCCUAGACACACUGCCACUGCGCACCAUGAUCUGCAAGUGUCCCAGCGACACUGUCUCCGAUAACUCUGGCAACUGUGUACCUAUCCAACCUGUCAUAGUCCCCGGCGGCUGUCAGCAUAAUGCAGAGUGCGCUAGCUCCGAGGUAUGUUUGCAUGGCAGUUGCCUGGAUGCCUGUCGCCUGGAACGGUGCGGCGUUAACGCACAAUGUAACGCGCGUGACCAUUACGCGCAAUGUAGUUGUCCGGCUGGUUACCAAGGUAAUCCACGCAUCGAAUGCUACACAACAGACAUUGCCAUCCCUAAAAUUCCGGGCGCCGAGUGUACACGCAACGAUGACUGUCCUCGUGAUAAGAACUGCCAAAACGAACGUUGUGUGAAUCCUUGCGCGGCGGAUGCCUGCGGUCUGGGCGCCUACUGUCAUGUACAAAAUCGGGCUGCCGUCUGCCGUUGCCCGCCUGGCUAUACUGGUGAUGCACGCGUACGGUGUCUGCCACCUUCGGAUGUCAUCACGGUAGGCUGCAAGUCGAAUUCCGACUGCCCUAUUUCGGAGGCGUGUAUCAAUGCACAGUGCAUUAAUCCAUGCAAUUGCGGACCCAAUGCCGAGUGCACUGUGAAGAACCAUCAUCCAAUCUGCUACUGCAAGCCCGGCUAUUCAGGCAAUGCGCAGUUCGGCUGCGUACCUAUUGGCUGUCAGUCGGACGAUGAGUGUUUGGGCGAUAAGCAGUGCGUUAAUCGUGAGUGUAUCAAUCCAUGUCUCGUUUCCGAUCCUUGUGCUCUGAACGCGGAAUGUUAUGGCCGUAAUCAUCGCGCUAGCUGCCGUUGUCCCGCCGGCCUCGAGGGUGAUCCAUUUGUGCGUUGUGUACGCCUAGAAUGUCACUCCGAUCACGAUUGCGCCUCCAACUUGGCCUGCGUUGCUAACCAGUGUGUGAAUCCUUGCGCUCAGAGCCCUUGCGCUCAAAAUGCUAUCUGUCAGGCGCUUAAUCAUCGCGCCGACUGUCGCUGCCCAGAGCAAAUGCCAUUAGGCAAUCCAUAUGCCUUCUGCGAACGCCGACCAAUUGAACCAGUCUGCCGCGACGAUGGUGACUGCCCCAGCGGAUUGGCCUGCAUCGAUGCUAAAUGCAAGAACCCAUGCACCGAACUUUCACCCUGUGCACGCAGCGCCCACUGCAGCGUGCUGGACAGCGUGCCUGUGCGCACAAUGGUUUGUGAGUGCCCUGAGUCACAAGUGCCGGAUGCCAGCGGUGAGUGUCGCCAGCUUGUGUUGCAGAGUCCUCCCGGCUGCGAAAGCGAUUUGGAUUGUAACGAACAGGAGGCCUGUGUGAAUCGUCAAUGCCGCAAUCCUUGCAACUGCGGUACCAACGCUAUUUGUCAUGUUCAACAACAUCGCGCCGUGUGCAGCUGCCAGGAUGGCUUCGAGGGCAAUCCUUAUGCCGCCUGCCGCUCCAUUGGUUGUCGUGUCGACGGCGAAUGCGACUCUGGAAAGGCUUGCAUCAAUGGCAAUUGUAUCAAUCCUUGUCUACUCAACGAUCCGUGCGGCCCCAACGCCGAGUGCUAUGUACAGUCCAGUCGCGCCCAGUGCCGCUGCCUUAGCGGCUAUCGCGGCAAUCCAUACGAGCGCUGCCGCGUCAUUGGUUGUAGUAGUAACAACGACUGCCCCACGGAUAAGACUUGCCAGAAUGAGCAAUGCGUUAAUCCAUGCGUGUAUCACAAUGUCUGUGCGCCGCGCGCUGAGUGUCGCCCACAAAAUCAUAUGGCCGUGUGCCGCUGUCCGUCGAACUUCUUGGGUAAUCCGUAUGUGGACUGUCGCCCACAACCACAGCCCGUUUGCAAACUGGAUACGGACUGCCCAGCGCGCCUGGCCUGCAUUAACGAGCAAUGCGUCGACCCCUGCUUAGUAUUGGAGCCCUGUCAAAGACCUGCCCAGUGCCAGGUGACACCAACGGCUCCUGUGCGCACCAUGAUCUGCAUUUGUCCCGAUGGUUAUAUCAGCAGUGGCAGCGGCAGCUGCAAGCCUACCACUAGCAUUGUCAAGGUGGGCGGUUGCAUCUCAGAUACCGACUGUGCCGCUGAUAAGUCUUGCGUAAACGGUAUUUGCCGAGAUCCGUGCAACUGUGGUCUGAAUGCUGAGUGUCGUAUUAAGGACCACAAGCCAGUUUGUACCUGUCGCCAGGGCUACGAGGGCAAUCCCGAAUUCGAGUGCGCUAAGAUCGAAUGCACCAUUAAUUCAGAAUGUCCGGCCACACAUGCCUGCCGUAACCAGCUUUGCGUGCCUGCCUGCCAGGGCGAGAUCUGUGGACCCAAUGCCGAAUGCCUAGCUAUUAAUCAUCGAGCCGUUUGUGAAUGUGCCCCUGGACAUGGCGGAAACGCACGUUUAGGCUGCACACCGCUUGGCUGUCGCAACGACGAUGAAUGUCCUUCAGAUAAUGCUUGUGUCAAUGGCAAAUGCGCAAAUCCUUGCGAGACUACGGCCAUUUGCGCCAACGAUGAGCUUUGCAAGGUCUAUCAACAUAAGCCUCAAUGCGCCUGCCCGCCAGGAACUGUGCCUGGUCGCAGCGGCUGCGAACAAGAACGAGUGGUGCCCAUCUGCAUCAGCGAUGCCGAUUGCCCAACUCAACGCGCCUGUCUGCGCGGCGAGUGUGUGAAUCCUUGCAAUUCUACACAACCCUGUGGAGUAAAUGCCGAAUGCCGAGUCCUAGACACACUACCCGUGCGCACCAUGAUCUGCGAAUGCCUCGAGGGCUAUACUGGAAAUGCAGCUGUGCAGUGCGAUAAGCGCUCGCUCUGCGUCAUCGAGAAAGGAUUUGUGCGCGAUGUCGAUGGUCAGUGCGUAUGCCCGCCGGGUAGCGCCCUUGACAUAUAUGAGUACUGCACACCAUGCCUGGUGGAGCAGGGCUAUCGCAUCGACGAAAGCGGCCACUGUGUAUGCGCUUUGGAACGUGGCAUGGUAAUAGAUGAGCGUGGUAGCUGCACUUGUCCAAUUGAGCUGGGCUAUCGCCUGACACCUCUGGGUGAGUGCCAGCCCGUGGAGCAACCUGAGUGUGUGAGUAAUGAACAGUGCGCGGAUAAUCGCUACUGUAAUCCAGAAUCAAAGACCUGCGAGGAUCCCUGCUUAACUAAAACGUGUGGUGUCAAUGCCUUCUGCAAUGCGGUGAAUCAUCGGGCCCAGUGCCAGUGCAUCACCGGCUAUACAGGUAAUCCGGAGCUGCAUUGCAAUCACACCAAUUUCCGUACCGACUUCCCCCGACCUGACAUGGUUGUCAGUUGCUUAGCUGAUGGUGUUCAAGUUGAGAUUCAUAUCACCGAGCCGGGCUUCAAUGGGGUGUUAUAUGUAAAGGGACACAGCAAAGAUGAGGAGUGCCGCCGCGUUGUCAAUUUGGCUGGCGAGACGGUGCCACGCACCGAAAUCUUCCGCGUCCACUUUGGUAGCUGCGGCAUGCAAGCCGUAAAGGAUGUUGCCAGUUUUGUGCUGGUCAUACAGAAGCAUCCUAAGCUAGUUACCUAUAAGGCACAGGCCUACAACAUCAAGUGCGUCUACCAGACUGGCGAGAAGAAUGUGACCCUAGGCUUUAACGUGUCCAUGCUAACAACUGCCGGAACAAUUGCCAAUACUGGACCACCGCCCAUCUGUCAAAUGCGAAUCAUUACCAAUGAGGGAGAGGAGAUCAACUCCGCCGAGAUUGGUGACAAUCUACGUCUGCAAGUGGACGUUGAGCCAGCCACUAUUUAUGGCGGCUUCGCGCGCUCUUGCAUAGCCAAGACCAUGGAGGAUAAUGUGCAAAACGAAUAUCUUGUAACUGAUGAGAAUGGCUGUGCCACAGACACAAGCAUCUUUGGCAACUGGGAGUACAAUCCGGAUACCAACAGUCUGCUGGCUAGCUUCAAUGCCUUUAAGUUCCCCUCCAGUGACAACAUACGUUUCCAGUGUAACAUACGCGUAUGCUUUGGAAAAUGUCAGCCAGUCAACUGUGGUGGCUAUAAUGCCUUUGGACGUAGACGUCGCUCCAUUGCGGACAACUCUAGCGAUACGACAGCCAUUGCCACAAGUACAGGGGUCGAGGGUCAGUUGCGUGAGGAGAUAACUAUCUCUUCCAAUGCCAUAUUGACAUUCGAGAAACGCAGCGGUUCAGGCCUGAAUGAUGCCAACAUCAAACCGGCAGCCCAGCGUGUGGAGGAUAUUUGUGUCUCAAUGGUGGGCUUGAUUAUAGCUCUGGUUAUCACGGCACUGCUUGCACUUGUCGCCGUCGCCGUGGCGGUCUCCUGUUGGCUCAUGGCCUACAGAAGAAGGCCCAAAACAUUGGCGCCAUUGCCACAUCCACCAGAGUUCCCUAAUCCACUGUUCGCCAAUGCAGACGCUGCACCCGAACCAACGCCGGACUAUAUCUCCUGAACCGUAAAGUAAACUAAUAACAAAACAACCAUAGACAAAACAAAACAAAAACACCUAGCUAUAAUAAUAGUAUGUAAAAACAGAAAAGAUGAAUAUUUGAAAAGCACGUGCAAAAAGGUAGAAACGAAAUUAAAUUUCGCGCAAAAAAUGCAAUGAUAUGAAAGAAAAACAAAAGUAAAGUUGUGAGCAGAAAAUAUAUUCGUUGGCGUUUAUGAAACGUUGACGAAAAACGAAGCCUUAAAUGAAUUGUAAAAAAAAAACACGACAAUAAGAUAAAUGCCACAAAAGGCAUUGCGGAAAUUAAUUGAAUAACUUAAGAAAAUAAUUUUAUUAUUUUGUAUUAACAUUUUAGUAUUUUUUCCUUACUAAUAUGAGAAUUUUGCGUAGUUGCACGACAAUAGUAAUUUUUUUUUUCAUUUAAACAGAAUUUUAGAACCGAAACUGCCAAAAGUGAAAUAACAGAUCAAUACAGAGAGAAGAUUUAGAUUAAAAGAGCAGCUACAAACGAAUUCUCGUCCUCUAACGACAACUUCUUCAUUAGUCGAUUAUAAUUACAUAUUGAUAUUUUGUUAUAUACAUACAUAUACACACACAUAUAUAUAUAUAUAUAUAUAGCUAAAGACUUCCUAUAAAUAUUUAGGGUGUGGGUAGUAGCAACAACACUUUGUAUUAUAGCACAAAUACACACGUAAACACAAACACACACACACUACUACUUCCUGUGUAAUUUAGGAAUUGAGCUCGCCUUUAAAAUUGAAAACUGCCUUAAUUUUCCACUACACUAAACGAACAAUGCACCCGAAAACAAAACAAAAAAUACUCCCUAACAGUUCUUAAGCUAAAAAUGGAGCAGUAAAUUUCCACAGCCAAAAAACAAUAUAAUCACAGGACAAUAUGUCAACGAUUGUCUUUCACGGAUUAUAUUGAAACAAACAAGUUCAACACAUUCACACACACAGACAGACCACAAAAAAAAAACAAAUGAACUUGGGCAUAGUUCAGGCUGCUUCAAAAAAAAAAAAAAAAAAAAAUGAGUAUAUGAAAAACAAAAUAGAAACUGCCACGGAGGCGUCAAAAGCGCACAAAAGAUUAAUGCAUAGGAGAGAUAUUUAAGGUUUGUUUUAAUUUUAAAUGCAACGCCGACUAAUGGAGGAUUUGAACUAUGACUAUAACUUUAACUCUACUACAUACUACUAUGAUUAACCAAUUAUUUUUGUAGUUUUUUAGUCAAUUAAUAUUAAAUUGUUGUGAUUGUUUUAAAUGCAAAUGAAAUACUUCCACUAAAUAACUAAUAACGCGAAAAGUAUAGCAACUACUUUAAAAAGGCAACGAAUCGGCGUGUUUUCUGACCUGCGCAUCCAUCCAAGCACAGAACGCAGCUGUUAACGCGCCUGAAAUUAUGCAGCGAAUUUUUUGUUUCUGGCGCCUGUUUACAGCGCGCAACUGUCGCUUGGGGGGAUGCGAGAUGCACGCCGCUAUAUUUAAAUUAUCUAAAAUGAAGUUUUAAAUUAAUAUUAUUAAACAUAAACAAAAUGUAUAGUCACUACUUUAAGCCGAACGUGAAAUCACUUUUUUACAGUGGAAAUACCAUUAGAACUCGCACAACUUACACACACACCCACAGUAAGAGACCACUUGUAAAUAAUACAAUACAGGCAAAAAAUCGACGGUAUUUUUAAUAGCGCAUUUUUGUGUAUAGGUUUCUAAACAAUCAGGCACUUCUGUCCAGCAAUAGUAACAUGCCAGAAAUAAAAUUAUUUUCUGAUUUCAAUUACAAAAAAAAAAAAAAAAA